AUGUGGCAGGCGGACUUUGACAGCUGCCUUUGGGGACGAGAAGGACUGAGGCCGGCAUUUAGAGCUGUAGCUGGUGGUCUCACUUUUAAACAGGUGUGGUGUGUCUGUGUGUUUGUGUGUGUGUGUAAACAAGCUCACGUGUUGGUGGGAAUAUUGUUGCUCACCCCAGGAUUUAUCCUGGAACAUCCCAUUGAAACUCGGUUUGCUCUGCCUAGAGGGUGGGUGUGAAACAAAAGCAAAAACAAAUUGAGUCAGUACCAUUUGUGCAGGGUCAGAUGUUAGGACUUGCCGCAGAUGGGUUGACAAAGAUGAGUAGUGCAAAAUAUAGGGGGCAUGGGUUACUUUUAAAAAUGGGCCAGCAGGGGAAGAAAUACCUUUUGUUCUUACAGAACAUGGCAUUUAAGAUUUCUUCACAGGUGGUGUUUUGAAUACAGGGAUGUACUAGUUGAGGGAGCAACUAAGUGUUCAGUUCCGUUCUCACUUCAGUUAUGAAUUUAUUAGUUGGUCGUAUGCCAGCCACAGUUUUACAGGACUGCUGUAAGAUGCUGAAAUAGUGUAUGUGAAGUUCUCUGAGGACUUAGAAAAAGUGCUUUGUAAUUCUUGUUGUUAAAUGUUGAGAUCAGUCAUGUUGAAUGCUGUCCAUUCAGUGUUCCUAGCCUGUCAGAACUCUGUGCCUAAAAUGCCAACCUCUGAACAAACUCAGUGUUCAAAAUAAAGCAAAGUAAAAUACAACGUGUUUACACAGACCCAUCUUUUGCACCAAGUCAUACAAUUUUAGUGCAUUUAUUUAGACACCUGGUAUUGAACCUGUGACCAGCCCUGCCACUGAGCUUGUCAAUGGGCUUCCUUGCUUUUUACACGGGAGCCCUUUGCAGGCUACUGCCCAUGUGCUCUAAUGUGUGUCUGCAGAGAACCAUGAGACAUGGAAACCUUGGGAUAUUUUAAAGACGGGCUGUUUUUGUUGUGUCCCCUCUCUUACAUUUAUGCUUAUCUUUGCAGGAAGCCGAAGCAGGUUUGGUAAGGAAAUCUGAACGAAAGCAGGCCCUGCAGAAAGUCCAAGAUGGAUCCUUGGGUCCCACCGCAGCAGGCCCAGCCACAAGGGAGACAUGUUCCCCACAUAGAAGGCUACGAGAGGGGCCCAUGGAGGGCAGUUUCCCAUGGCAUUCCACCGCCUCAAUCCAGGCACAGCAGUGAGUGGCUGUACCACCAUGAACCCUGGGCUAGGCCUCAGCCUUGGCCAGAUGCUCGAGUAGAAUACCACCAUGCUGCCCAUCACCCAAGACUCCAGGACUAUAGGAGGCCAAACUCCAGAGCAGAGUAUUAUGAAACUGGCUAUCCCAACCGGUCAUAUUCAAGGUAAGACCUCUAAAGCCCUAAACGGCCUCGGCCCAGUAUACCUGAAGGAGUGUCUCCACCCCCAUUGUUCUGCCCGGACACUGAGGUCCAGCUCUGAGGGUCUUCUGGCGGUUCCCUUAUUGCGAGAAGCAAAGCUAUAGGGAACCAGGCAGAGGGCCUUCUCGGUGGUGGCACCUGCCCUGUGGAAUGCCCUCCCACCAGAUGUCAAAGAGAACAACAACUACCUGACUUUUAGAAGACAUCUGAAGGCAGCCCUGUUCAGGGAAGUUUUUAAUUUGUGAUAUUUUAAUGUAUUUUUAAUCUUUGUUGGAGGCCGCCCAGAGUGGCUGGGGAAACCUGGCUAGAUGGGCGGGAUACAAAUAAUAAAUUAUUAUUAUUAUUAUUAUUAUUGGGGAAAAACAGACAGUUUUUAAUGUGUGAUAUUUUAAUGUAUUUUUAAUCUUUGUUGGAAGCUGCCCAGAGUGGCUGGGGAAAACCAGCCAGAUGGGUGGGAUACAAAUAAUAAAUUAUGAUGAUGAUGAUGAUGAUGAUGAUGAUGAGUUGAGAAAGACAACACUCAGAAGGAUUGGGGGACUUUGCAGAGAGAUCAGCAGAGCUUCUUCUUCCAUAUAGUCUCCUAGCCCUUCUCUGUUUCGUACAGAGGGCCUCAAACAUUCAUUUAUCACUUCAGUUCCAAUGUUUGUUUGUUUUUUUAUAUUAAUGCAGCUGUGUGGAACUCCAAAUCAGAGCAUUUAAUCCAAGUAGUUCCAAAGGAGGAAGAGAGGGAUAACUAUCUCCUCAUUUACAGGAUCCCUCUAGUAGCUUUCUCUCUCUCUGUGUGUGGGAAAUCUACUGGAUCUGCAGAUCUUUUCUGCUGGGGUGAAAGAAGGAGAUUGUGUGUGGGAUUUUUAGUUGGAAAAUGCCAACUAAAGAAUUACGCAGCCCCUUUCCUGCUGCACUACUCCAAACUAAUUUGGAGCUCCCUAUCACCUCAGCAACUAAUUUUAAAAAUCACUGAAAAAACAAUGGCCUGAUUCAGACAUUGGAUAACUAUAGGCGUUUCCAGCAUGGAUGAUGUAGGGGUUCACACUUGGGUCCCAUCCAGCAUCAUUGGGUACACGUUUGGUACGCUUUAGACCUUUGAGUAAUUAGCACAAAGGUUGCAGAGCAUUUCCUCGCGUCUUUUGUUGAAUGUGCUUAGUAAUCUCCCUGUGACCAGGAUCUCUUCUCUUAGGAGUGUUUCCAGUUGCAUGUUCAACCAGAUGCAUCAGAUAUUCGAGCUAAUUUGACAGAGGUCUAAAGAGGAGCCUAUGCGUCUGAGGAUGCUGAGGGGGGGUGAGGGGGGGCACUGUUCACGUUUAAGACCUCAUGUGCUCAGGCCUUAUGUUUUCCCGCUAUAUGAACAAGCUGUGAUGAGUUUUGGCUGUUCUCUCCUCCCCUAAUGCAUCUGCAGAGAAGUUGGAAGCUUUCACUUCCAGGUUUACACAAACCACAGUUCUCAGUGAUGUCCGAAUUAGGAAACUGUUGUUUGCUUAGCCAACAACUACCAGACUUUUAGCAGAUAUCCGCAGGGACCCCUGUUUAGGGAAGCUUUUAAUGUUUAACAGACUAUUGUAUUUUAAUAUUUUGUUGGAAGCCGCCCAGAGUGGCUGGGGAAACCCAGCCAGAUGGGUGGGGUAUAAAUAAAUUAUUAUUAUUAUUAUUAGCCCUACAGAAGUUGCUGAACUACAGCCCCCAUCAUCCCUAAUCACUGGCCAUGCUGGUAGAAGUUGGAGUCCAACAAGAUCUAGAGAGCACCAUGUUGGCUAACCCUGAUUUAAACUAUUGUUCCAGAAAACACACAGGUCCUGAAAUCACCGUUUGCUCCCAACUAGUUCUCACUAAACAUAGUCUGAAACAAACCACAGUUCCCUUAAUUUGGAUGCUAUGGGGAACCGUGGUUAGUUCAGAACUGAAAUUGAAAGCUUGUGAAAGAAGAUUAUGCUUGCUGCAGCUUGUUUACAUAGCAGAAACCAUUAUUUCCUGCUUUAUCUGAUUAGGGCCUCUGUAUCUCCUAUAUCACAUCUACUGUUGUAGUCACACUGCUUCUUUAUCCUGUAACUUGCUCCUGCUCUCGUUCCUGAUCUCAUUUGCCUUGUCUCCUCUCACAAUUCACCCUGGUGAAUUAUAGACAGGCUAGCUAUUCAUUGCAUCGGUGAGGUAAAGUAAGUAGAACAUCAAGGGAUUUAUUUGUGGUCUGUAUUCAUAUUUUUCAAUGAUCAAAUACAGAGCUGGAAGUGGGAGAGAAGGUCAUUUCAAUUACCAAGUGGUCAUUAUAGCUCAUUUAUUACCUUCCAUAGCAGUUUUUGGAACUGUUUCUGACAGCAUUUCCCUCCUGAUUUUUUUAUCCUCACAAAUAACGAGGAAUUUAGACAGUUACCCAAAGCAGCUUCCUCCAUCUCCCUUUCUGCUCUCUCUCCUUUGGGCCACGCUUCAGGCAAGGUUAUGAAGACCAUCACCGGACCUUUGUGGAAGAUUAUGCGCAUGGCGACUACCAGAGAUACCCCCAAACCUGGCAGAGUGAGAGAGGUACUGCAUUCUCCACAGAAACAAAACUGGUUUAAAAAUACUUGAUGGAACUGGGUUGAAGAGGAAUUCUGGAAUUCAUUCUGGUGGUGUGUGCGUCUGUACAUAUUCAAAGCCUUCCUUACGCCAUGCUUGUUCUCUGCCUCUGUCUCUCCUUCAUGGCUCUGUGUUGUAAAAGGCUGUGUACACACCACACACUGAAACCACAUUGAAUCCCCAUUAUUUUCCCCAACCCAGAAAAUAAUUUGUGUGAACUGUGGUUUACCCCAUUAACAAACUACUCUUCCUACGAUUCUUUGGAGGAACUCACGUACUUUAGAUGUGCUUUAAAUGUACACAGCCCAACAAUUCUCUGUGGUUAGAUUUACCAUUGUCUCAUUUGCUGUGUUCAAUGACCCUCCUCAUUUGAUAAAUUCUGGAUUUUUUUAAAAAAGAAAAAGAAAAAAAGAAGUCCAUCUCAGCAAGAAUGUGAUUUUUUUGUCUCGAAGGCUCCAAAUUCUCAGUACUUUUUCAGAACUAGUUCUGAGCCUAAAUGUCACCCCAUUUACAGGCCCUGGAAGUCCCAGAUUUAUUUAUUUACUAAUACAUUUAUACCUUGAGUUAUGCAGGAAUUUUAAGAAACCAAAAAAUCAGUGCAGUUUUGAAAUCGGUGGAUAGAAUCUAGAAGUUUUGAAAGGUUCAGCCUGUUAUCUUGAUUUAAAAUGAUGUCCAACACUAUCCAAACAUAGGCGAAUAUUCACUCCUUAACCUGAGGAACCACCAUGCACAAUUUGGAUACAAUAUAGUAAGACAAGGGUUGCCAACCAUUUUGGAUUAGUGGGCACAUUUCAAAUUUUGAGAGAAUGCUGGGGGUGCCAGUCACAAAAUGACUGCCAUGUAGUGGGCAUGGCAUAACACAAAAUGGCUGCCACUGGGAGCAUGGCAUGACAUAGAGUUAGAGAGACAGCUGCCCCUGGCAACCUUAUACUUACCAUGGGAAAUGCUCUGCUGGUCCUGAUUAUGGAGAUCUCUCUCUCAGAAAAAAUAAAUGUGGUAGCCAACACCACUCUCAUUUCACAGAAAUUGCUUAGAAAGUACCAGCACAUUUUGCUGCAUAACUUUCUUUCUAGGAGAGCUAGAGACUGGCCAGAUGCAAGUGGAAGGCAGAACCAGAGGCUAAAGUGGGCGGGGCACGAGUGUGAAUUUUACCUUUACACAGUAGGUUAGUUUCCACCCACACCCACCCUUCUCCAUUCAGACAGGCAAUCAAAAGCAGGAUCAGAGUCCAAGGACAUAUUUUAAUCUGGCAAAAAACACUCAAGGCAGGCGUAUAUAAAGGGUGGUGAGGGGACAGAGGGUAUGGCUUAGGUGUGAACUUGGGCCAGAUGGAGAGGGGAAGGCCAUUUUGCCCCUGCCAGGUUUCAGUUGUACAUAAAGGUAAAGGUAAAGGUACCCCUGCCCAUAUGGGCCAGUCUUGCCAGACUCUAGGGUUGUGCGCUCAUCUCACUCUAUAGGCAGACACUUCCGGGUCACGUGGCCAGCGUGACAAGCUGCAUCUGGCGAGCCAGCGCAGCACACGGAACGCCGUUUACCUUCCCGCUGGUAAGCGGUCCCUAUUUAUCUACUUGCACCCGGGGGUGCUUUUGAACUGCUAGGUUGGCAGGCGCUGGGACCGAACGACGGGAGCGCACCCCGCCGCGGGGAUUCGAACCGCCGACCAUGCGAUCGGCAAGUCCUAGGCGCUGAGGUUUUACCCACAGUGCCACCCGCGUCCCUUCAGUCGUACAUAGACCUUUCUUAAUCUAAAGGUAGAUUUUGAGUGAGCCUUUGACUGAGCCUAACAAAUUAUAAAUGUUCCUCCGAGCAUUUGUGAGUUGAUAAUCCUGGCGCCUGGGGUGUAGCUGACUGUUCUACUGUGGAUUCUGGCACUUUUUCAUAUGGUUUUAUUGGAAUUGUUUUGUAUUAUUGUGAACAGACCUUGGAUCAUUGAUGAGGGGCAAUAUAGAAAUUUUAAGAAUGAACAAACAUUUGUAAGUUCCGGUGUGCAAGUAUGUGCACACAUGUUGCCUAUGUUUGUGCAUUCACAUGUGUAAAAAACCCUCUGGUGUACAUGACUUUUAAUGGCCUCCUGUAAUCAGAUGUGCAUUGUUUCUAAACAUAGCCCCUUUGACAACAAAAGGCAAUCGUAUCUGGUGUCUCCAAGGUAGCUUUAUCAGUUUUUAAAUGUUGCAGAUGCCUGGAGGUAGAGCUGCUCCUUUUUAUUUUCUCUGAGUAUGUAGAUCCAAGACAGAGAGAUACCUGGGGCGAAGGUACAAAUUACUGGGACCAGAACUAUUACAGAGAUCAACAUCGGGUAGAAAGCAGCGGCUUUGCAGAGCAUCACAAUGGGACUCCAGUUUGGUAAGGAAAUCCCAUGAGCUGACCCACCCAACUGGGAAAUGACUAAGAUCUCUUUAAUCCAGUGUCUGUGAAGGACACUUGGUGACUCUCUGCUCUUGCAGUGUGCCUCAGGGAAGCACGUUUCCCCACAGGAGGCUCCUGAGACCUUUGCCAGGUGAAUAUAGUCCCGGGAUGCGCACUCUGCAGGCCAGUGUGGUGUAGUGGUUAAGAGCAGUGGACUCGUAAUCUGGUGAACCGGGUUUGAUUCCCCGCUCCUCCACAUGCAGCUGCUGGGUAACCUUGGGCUGGUCACACGUCUCUGAAGUCUCUCAGCCUCACUCACCUCACAGAGUGUUUGUUGUGGGGGAGGAAGGGAAAGGAGAUUGUUAGCUGCUUUGAGACUCCUUAGGGUAGUGAUAAAACGGGAUAUCAAAUCCAAACUCUUCUUCUUCUUCUUCUUCUUCUUCUUCUUCUUCUUCUUCUUCUUCUUCGUAGGUCCUGGAGAACUAGAUAUGUUGCCCUGUUAUUUGCAGCAAAUCUGAAAUCCAACCACUGCAAACAUUUCAAUAAAGAAAAGUUAAGAGGUCAUCUUUAAUAGAUCCGUUUUUGUUUUUCACUCAGAGUAAGACCCUGGAUCCCAAACAGCCUCAAAAUAUGCGCAAAUGUGCCCUUAAUGCAUAACCAUGCUGUCCUGUGGGGAGAUGCAUGAGCUCUCUGUGAGAGUGCAGCCAACAGAUUUGUAAACAAAAUCUCUCUCUCCCCCCCCCUUUUGCUACCCUUCUUCAAUAAGGUCUAAGAGGCAUGAGUCCUACGAAGACAAUUACGUUUCAAAGAAAGAUGGCUCCUAUGAUAUAAAUUACAGUUAUCCUUUGCAACAAGGACAGAUUCAGGAUGAAUUCCAGUGGAAGUUCCAGGAGAACACCAGUGUUCCAGCGCAUGAGGUGCGAGCUUUGGGGCUUGUCCAGGGUAUCCUUUCUUCUUCCCUCAUCCCAGCUGGUGCUACUUGGAUAGGCCUGAGAGCCUUAGAAAGCAAAUGCCAGCUUUAAAGUUCUUUGUAAAGGGUGUUGCAGUUCAUUUUCCCUUUGCUUUCGUCAAGACCAUCGUUCCUUCUAUUCCGCCUCUUCCCCGCUCCUUUUCUCCAUUGUAGGUUCCAUUGCCUGAGGAACCAAGCAUGCUCCAAAAGUAUAAGGAAUCGGGCCUCAGCUCAAGUAGCUAUGAGCUUAGCCAGUACAUGUUCGAUCCCUCCAGCCACUACGAAGCAGCUCCCUCCAAGGACUGGAGCCCCAUUCAGGCAGGUAAGGUAUUCCAACACCAGGAACAUCUGGUGUACAGGUGACCAAGGCAUUUGCCAACACCUUGAGGCUAGCAUCAGGGCUACCACUGUGCAUUCUUUCUUUGCGUGGAUUUUUUUCAUCCCUCCAAUCUGACCCCCUAUAUAGGUUUUUAAUCUGGUGUUGUUAAUUGUGCAUGUUCAGCCCUUUUCUUUUCAACAUUUGCAUUGUAAGACACCUUGUGAGGGCUUGCCCCAAAAGGCAGGGUGGAAAUACCUUAAAUAAAUGAUGCUAUUUGUCUAAACAUGGGAGUGUUCCCAUCACCUAAAAGAGGGGUGAGGUUCGAGUUUUAAAAGCAGAAGGAUGGUGCAGGAGCAGAUUUGGACAGAACCCUCCAUUUGCCCGUAAAUUACCUCCAAGUUCUUUUCUAACUGGUGUCAGAGCUCAGCUGAAGACAAAAACUAUGAUGGAGAAAAGCUGUGGGAAGGUUUGGCAGGAGUAGUGAUCUGUACUUCUCAUCCAUGUACCCUUUUUGCUUGUGAAAUCACAUCCUCCUUUGAGACUGAGUCAGUUCUUUGUUUAGACACAUUGAACGACAGGCAUCCUUCUAGUCUGGGACUCAGAGUCUGGCAGGAGGCAUGUCAAACAAAGGUUUACUUCAGUCACUUACGGGAUGGCCCCCAUCUUUGUGUGGUGGGGGUCAUGGCUGUGCAUCUUCCCCCUUCCCUGCGGAUCUAAAACAGAGAUCCCCAAACUAAGGCCCGUGGGCCAGAUAAGGCCCCGAGGGACUCGUUUAUCCGGCCUGCGGCAACCCCCGCCGCCCACUGCCACCGCCUGCUCUUACUGGUGCUGCGCCGCUACCCACUUCCGGGUAGGAGGAGCACCGGAAAUAGCUUGUGCACAUGCGCAAGUGUUAUUUGUGCAUGCACAUGCGCAAGCGUUAUUUCCAGUGCACAUCCAGGUCAAAGGAGGCCCAUGCACAUGUGCACAAGCUAUUUCUAGUGCUCCUCUGACCCGGAAGUGUAUCGGAAAUAGCGUGUGCGCACGCAUAUGGGCAUGCGCUUCCCCGCCCUCCGGCCCACCAUGUGAUCGGCGCUGGAGACACCGGCCCGAGGCACAGUAAGUUUGCUGACCCAUGAUCUAAAACAAGGAAGGUAUAACCUGUAGCCAUCCAGAUGUGGUUGGAGCACAACUCACAACAUCACUGAUCAUCGAACGCACUGGCUUGGCAUGGAUGGAAGUUGUAGGAGUCCAACAAGAUCUGGAGAGUGCCAGAUUCCACAGCCCUGAUCUACAAUAAUGUGUGAUGCAGGGGCCACACUUGCCUGUAAAGCUCCCACCUUCCCAAUGCAAAGACUGCAGCUGCCCAACAUGUGUCUCAACUUGGCCAAACUCUUUUUGUGUUACCCCAUCAGCUUAGAAUCAUAGAAUCAUAGAAUCAUAGAGUUGGAAGAGACCACAAGGGCCAUCGAGUCCAACCCCCUGCCAAGCUUCCUCUCUGUCUUUUCUGCUUUCUAUUGUUGAGUUGAGUUGAGUUCUGUUCCCUUCACUGUCACCCCCUAUGACAAGGCAGUUAUUCUUCCUGCCUUCUUUCAGAUUUACAGUUCACUGAGCAGCUUAUUUGAUGUGCGUUUUAGCCAGCUUGCUUUCUUGUCAGUCUGGGAUCAGCCUCUGGCCUAAGCCAAUGACAAGUCACUAACGGUCCUGGUCUUGUCAUUUAGCAGAAGACCUGCCAGUUCCUCUUCACCCUGUGGCACCUCUGAAGUUUCGAGUCCCUCAUGUACCUAUGUGCUUUGGAGCUGGGGGGCAGCUGGUCCUAGGAUGUCCUAAUCACCCAGCAGAUGGGCAACCUGCUGUUGUCAAAAUGCACAGCCUGGAGGUAAACAUUAACUUGCCCCUUGGAAGUGAGAUGAUUGUUGCAAAUCUGCCCUCCGUUGCUUUGACAGUUCUUUCUCCUGAGUCUUGACUUCACUCUUUCAUUCCUGCCUCACCUCUCUCGUCGUUUUAUUUUGCUGUCAGUCAGCUAUGAGCCUUGUUUUAACAACUCCUUUAUCUGUGGAUUUGGGAGUGUCUUCUUUGUGCUGGUGCCUCCCAACAUCAGCCUGUCCCCUGGUGUUUGCUUAAAGCGUCUUCUAAACACCCUCUGAUUUCCAGCUGUUUGGCAGAAAUCCAUUUCAAGGUUCAUCACAAUCAGUAGAAACAUUCUUUUUAAAAGGAAGAAAGCAGAGAUUCUGCAGGCAGCUGGAAGAAUUCAUAUUGCAGACCCUAUUCUGUGAUCCCCUUGCCAUGGGGAUUCCUAUGAAAUAGCUACUCUAGUUAUUAAGGGGUCACAAAUAUCAUUGUUCAAAUCUCUCCACCAUAAAUUUACUAGGUUGCCCCAGAUAAGCCAUUACCUUUCAGCUUCAGCUGAUUUACUGAAUAAUAUUGUUAGGGCUUGUCUACAGAGACAUUUUCUAUGUGUUUGUAACUGUUUUUAUUUGCAUAGCCCACAUCCCUCGAUGACACCAGUCUCCAUGCUUUGCCCCUGUAUAUGUGGGCUUACCUGAAAUGGGGGUAAUUUGAUAAAUUGGGGAAACUGGGCUCCAAACAACUCCCUCGGGAUUGCAGAUUAUUUGUUUUGGUGUUUUGGGGCAGUUGUCAGUUGUCACUUUCUGCUACUCCUCUCUUCAGCCCUCCUACAACCUUCUUUCAUUUCUUAUAAUAAUAAUAAUAAUUUAUUAUUUAUACCCCACCCAUCUGGCUGGGUUUCCCCAGCCAUUCUGGGCAGCUUCCAACAAAGUAUUAAAAUACAGGCUGUGUUUGUAACUAUUUCCUGUGUGCUUCUGAAUGGAAGAAUAUAUAUAUUUCCUUUUAAUCCCUCAGAUUAGCACGAACCCAGAAAACUGCACAAGUCAAUGGCAGCUUGCUUGUGCACACACACACACACACACACACUCCUGAUCCCUCAGAUAUGCAUAAAACCAGAAAGCUGAAUUUGCAGUUGCCUGAUUGUGUGCCAUAGGAAGAGAGACAAGGGCAGGAAGAUGUUCAAAGAGCUUAUGCAACCCUAGAUGCCUAAAACAAGCACAACAUAGCAUACUUUCUACAACCACUUUAGCUACAGUGAGUGCAGACAAUUAUCCGAAUCCCACUCACUGACUCUUUCCUUGUUUUCCAGGUGAUCCUACAUGAUACAGCUGAGCAGGAAGAAUUGAGAGCCUUCCCAGGACCUCUAAUCAGGUACAUGACCUCUGAAAGAGUACAACUUAAGUUUUCAUUCUCCACCAUAGCCCUGAGGCAGCCCUACUCUGAAGCAAGCUGAGACGUCCCAGGCAACAGGCUCUGGAUGUUAUUGAUGGGCAGCAAAGUGGGAGUCAGGGGAUCUGACUCAUGGGGCGCUGUGUACCAGGGUGUUCAGCUGUGCAAGCCCCACUGAAAUGAAUAGGAGCACACAACUCCUCCUUUGCGGCUCUUCUUUGUUUUCUUGUGACAGAAAAACUGCCCAGUGAAUUGUGUUCUUUGUCAAUCAGAGGAAGGGUGCUGGUUGGAUUUUCUGUUUCAGGCACUAGAGUAGCCUGAAGAAAGUGUUUCAUUUCUGCCAUUUGGGCUGCAGGAGGCUAUUUUAACAUGUUGUACUGGUCACAGUGUUCUAAUGAUAUGGGAUUAGAAUAAAAAGUUGAGGGUGAGGGAAGGUGGAAAUAAAAGUUCUCCGCCUCCCCCAAGUAGUUGUCAUGGUGAAUGCUCUCUUAAACUGUCGUUAUUAUUUGAUUCUCCUCACACCAGCACCUGGGCAAAAGCCAGAGGGUUUGCUUAUGCAUUCAAAUUAUUGCAUUGAUUGCUGAGUUGUUGAGAAGGGUGCUCAGUCACUGGUUUCAGGACAGAUUCAGUCACGUAGCUACACAUUCAGGUUGCACAGUUAUAGUUGAUUGGGAGGUCUUGCGCAGUAAGCCAACUUCCUUGCAGAAUUGGACUUUUGCAGUAAGGAAAGUGACGGGGGAAACGCCCCGGAGAGUUGUGGGAUGAUACUUGCUUCAGCAAGAGUGUGUGAGUGCAUUCAGUUUGGAGGGGUCACGUCGAAGCCUUUGGAAAUGUUAUAUAGCAGGAAUGGGGAAUCUUGCCCUCCGCAGCCCUCCAAACCUCCAAACCUACCCAGUCCUCGAGAUCUGGGCCACCUAUGGGUCUGAAAGUCCUUGCUCCCCUUUCUGCUCUUCCAGGGAGGAUCUGCACAAGGUGGACGUGAUGACGUUUUGUCAGCGCAGAGCAGCUGUGGCCUGUGACCUGGACUCCAGCCGAAGCAGAGAUUCUGCCCUGCUUUGGAAACUCCUCCUCCUCCUUUGCCGGCAGAACGGGGUGUGUAUCUCCUACGGGGGCGAAUCUUUGCAGAGAUAAGUUAGAGAGCCUGGCUAGCAUACCCCUUUGUGGUCCAAGUUUUCACCAACUUCCUCUGCUUAGACUUCACCUUUAUCCCUCCCCAAUCACUUUUGCAACUGAUAUCUCAUGUCUUUUUUGGUGUUGUAGUCUGUACGUGCCGUGUGGACCCAGACCUCUGGGAAGUGAGUGCAGGUUUCCAUUGAUUUUGGGAGGAUUUCUCAAUGUCUGGUGUCCUUACGUUACCCUUAUUUCCCCCAAAACCCUAGAAGAAAGGGCAUGGUAUUUGUUCUUUCUUCUCAAGUGUUCAGCUUUGAGGUCUGGGUAUAAUACCAGGCAGACCUUUUGGCCUUUUCCAGUAAAACCUGAAAUAAAUUUGAAUCAUGUGCAGCAUGAACUUGAAACUGUCGAUCCUACGUUUUAUAUUCAAAAUGUCAGAAGUGUUAAAAUGUCACCUUUAUUUCCAUUUUUUAAGGAGAGGGUUUGACAUAAUUGGCACCAUGCAAUAUGCAUGUCUAUUUAACAAUCUAUCCUGUUUUUCAACGGUCAAGACCCAUAAAACGUUAUGCAAAUAAAUAAUAAAUUAAAGAUGCAAGCUGUUAAGAAAAGAACGCAUAGCAAUUUGAGAAUUUGUGUAGUGUCAGUACGCAAGUUUCAGGAGUUUGAGCUGUUUGUUGUCCAACUAGGUAAAUUUGUAAAAUUUGCAAUGUUUGCAAUUACGUCUGAAUCCUGUAGCCGCUGUGCUUUCUCCUCGUCCCUUUGCAGUCCAUGGUGGGCUCAGAUACAGCUGAGCUGCUGAUGCAGGACAUCCGGCGCCGGGAAAGGUACAAAAGGCAAGAGCCAGCAGCCAACUUGAUCAACCUGACGGAUGAGGAGUGGCCAGUGCAGGGCGGUGGGACUCCAGAUCUUCUCACGGGGGAGAUUGUCCCAAGUGCCGCCACACCAGAGCAAAGAGUGGAGAAGUUCACCAAACUCCUUUUUUACGGCAGGAAAAAAGUAAGCUGAAAGCUUAUGUCUUCUGUGGCAAGUUUUGUGGGUUUAAUGCACAGAAAGAGGCCUGGGUCGCACACAUACACAUAUCCCAGUUGUAUCAAAUGAUUUCUCCUGUGUCUGAGCCAUCACAAAUUAAUCACUGCAGUACAGAAGCCACUUCUGCUACAGCAACGUUCACACCAGCAAAAAUCAGUGCAUGCCUGUUACUUUUCAGUGGUGGCCUCCCUUACAGGGUUGCUUGUAAGUAGCAUUGAAAAGCAAAGCACUAUGUAAAAACUGUUAACUUUGGUUGUGCUUUGAGUACAGAAUGCCCCAGGUUCUCUUCUUGGCACCUUGUACAAAGGAUUUGAGGUAGCAGAGCUUGGAAAGACCUUUGCUUGUGACCUCGGCCAGCCACUGGCAGUCAAGGCAGACAAUCCAAUGGUCUGAUGCCCAACGGCAUCUUCAUAAUUUGUUAGUUUUGUAAAUAACUCUCUUGUUAAAUUUUAAGAAGCACUUAGGUUUUCACAUCUGUAAAAGAGCACCUGUUUAAAAUUGUGCAAUACAGAAAUAAUAAAGCAAAAAGUUAUUAAAUAGAGGAAAAAAACAAAGGGCACUGGUGAAAGCACAUUAUACAGUUCUUAUAACGAGAAGAUUAAAGCAUUGUAUGUUGAAUAGACAUAUUGGUGUACAUAGGAAAUAGAAACAGAGGGGAGGGGGCAGGGUUGUCAAAUAUAUUUUAUUGAAUAAUCCAUAGUCUUUUGGGUGCUGGAUGUGGAUUUAAGUUGUGUUAUUAACAUACGUAUGUAUUAACAUACAUAAUAAAAUUGUACCACAUCACAAAUAAUUUCUGUUUUGCUUUGCCCUCUUGCCACUCUUAAUUGGUGUGUAAGAUUUUCCAGUAAGGCUGUCUCCCACACUUUGUUGAAGCAUGAUAAAAGGUUAGCCCCAACUAAGUCUUUCCAGUGUCUGGUGAUAACAGGCCUGGCUGCUUUUAGCAGAUGUGACACGAGCUCUCUACAAUGAGAAGGUACAUCUCCAUUUUCAAAUAAACUUAUAAGUGCCACCUGGAGAGAAAGGGUAAAUGUAUACCUGUCCCUUGAAAAAUUUAAAUCCAGAAUGGUGGUAUUUUGGCACAGGGCCACCACAAAUGCAUGUGGGUACCUGUUCAUUGGCAUUCACGUUAGCAUCUUGGCAAUGUACUGUAUGCCAGCUUCAUAAUUUCAUAUGAAGGAGUGGACAUAGAGCAUUCCAGUUUCUUCCCAGUGCUUCUCUUGGACUUUCUGUCCAUCAUUGAUGUCCCUGCCUCAGGUCGACCAAUGUCUUGUCUGUGGAACUCAAUGGUGGCCUCUGACCACUAAGCCAGCCCUUCUCUGCACAGUCCCUUCUACUGGCUUCUGUUUCUUAGCAAUGCUGGAGUGUGGCAGAAUACAGGGGAGUUUGAUGGAAUGUCGAGAGCUGGCUGUUUAUUGGUUCUUGCAGGAAGCUCUGGAUUGGGCCAUGAGGAACCAUCUGUGGGGCCACGCUCUCUUUCUAUCAAGCAAGAUGGACCCGAGGACCUAUAGCUGGGUCGUGAGUGGGUAUGUAGCACCCACUACCACAAAAUCUCUCAGUGCACUUUUCUCAGGAUUUCAGCAGGGCCGGCCCUAACAUUAGGCAGAAUGAGGCAGCAAACGCUGGUGUGUGCAGAAAACUGUUGGGUCACGUUGGAGGACAGAGCUUUGUGUGCAAUGAGGCCUGCACUCUGCUUCUUGUAAGCUAGCUGUUGUCCUCGGGUGUGGUGGAAAAGCAAUGCAAAAGUUCAACUGUCAGUCAACUUCUGUGUGUGUGUGUGUGCGCGCAUGUGCAUGUAUGAAUGAGGGCACCACCUUGUCCGUCAAUUUAGGCAACAGAAUGUCUUAGACCAGCCAAGCGUUUCAUCGCUUGCCAAGUCUAUUAAAAAUGCUUUCUUCCAUCUCGUUGCAGGUUCACUAGCACUCUGGCCUUCAAUGACCCCCUACAAACACUUUUCCAGCUCAUGUCUGGAAGGAUACCUCAGGCAUCCCUGGUACUGAUGUCAGCCACCUUUUCUGCCUAAGUUUCUUGUCUGCAUCUAGGAUCAGCCAUCUGAACCUGUCAGGGCUGGUGGUCCAGGAUACACAACCCCAGGGCAGUUUAGACUAAGGAGCCCAAGCCCCAGACAGCAGCUUGAUAGGACCAGGUGGAAACCUCUUUGGCCCCUUGUCACCUGAUCUUUGCUGAACUGGUAGCUAACUACCUACAAUAGUAGCACUCUAGCAAAGCAGAGACCAGGACAGCAGUUCUGGGUGGCUUCCAAGGCGCUGUGUGUUGCUUGUUCCUGUUUGCUAGGGUCGCUGCUUUGAGACCCCCACCCCGGCACUCUGCAGAGCCCAGGGUCAGCUCUUGGUGAAGACCCACUCCAUCCUUAAGGAGGUUUAUUCUAGAGAAAUUAUUGGCCAGUCCCACCCCCACCGUCCAUGUUCUCCUCUGCUUUGCCCCUCCUGCUGCCUCUCAAAAGCAAAGGCUGCCACCUGAAGGUGCUUUAAUUCCAUAGUUAGGCGCUGUUAUUGUUUCCCGCAUGCCAUUCAGUUAAGUGUCCACAAGACUCUGCUGGCACAAAAGGCUGCUCUUACAGUGUAUGAACACUAACCUCCCACCAUUCACCCUUAGGAAACCUGCAUUUUAGCUGUUUGGAUAGAUGGUAUCUAGCUAAUUUCCUAGAUUCCAUCCAUCCAUCCAUCCAUCCAUCCAUCCAAACAAACAGUUAAAAUGCAGGUGUCCUAAGGGUGAAUGGUGGCGAGUCUGAAUGUGAUGUUCUGUUAUGCUGUGAAGAGAAGAGGGAGGGCAUGGAAGAGCUCAAUGGGCAAAUUUAAUUCACCUCAUGUGCCAAAACCUGGCAUUCAUACAAGGGGGAUUGUUUGCUUAUUGUUUAGUUUGUGUCCUGGCCAAAGCUCUUGGAGCAUUUAAGAAUAUCAUUUAUGCAAAACCAGAUGCUGUUCUGUAGAUCAGCCAAUCAACAGCAUCGAGGCGGAGCUACGGCCACCAUUUCCCAGCUUCUUCCAGCCCAGGUUAGGAAUCAGAAUGGAGCAGGCUGGCAUUUUCCAGGUGUAGGUCCCUGCAGCCGAUUCCUGGGACUAGGCACUUGAGCAAGGACAAAGCAGCAGGCAUUGCUUUGUUGACCAGGCAAGUGCUGAAGGGCAGGCUUUUCUGCGUGUUAGAAAAAUCCUGACUAAUGAAGCAGCUUUGUUUUGCCCGCCAGUCCUACGAUCCGAUGCUGCACUUGCAGCCCCCUUCUGUGCCUGAGGAGGGGUUCCACGCCUGCAUGCACACAGUCUCAUGGCCCAGCCCCAGAAGUUGCCAGUCCAAGCGCCCUGAUCCAGAUACGUCCGGUACAGCAUUCUGCCUGUAGACACCGCCAUCUUUCUUUCUGCUGGAACCAGUGGAAAGGAAAGCACAGCACAGUGUUGGCUGGGCUUUGUCUCUUCUCCCAUGACAGGGCAUGGUUCCACAAAAGCCCUGGGGGUUGAGACAGGGACAAACCGGGCAGGUAGGCCCACGAACCUUGCCCUAAGAGCCAGGAUGCCCUGUCCCAAGGUGAAACCCUGAUUCAGCUUUCUGUAGCUGCCGCUUGAUUGCUAGGCACGGAGAGCGGCACAGCGUAAUGUGAGGGAUGACAUUUUGCCAUCCCUUCCUGGUUCUCUUGCUUAGGCAUAGGUCCAUGUGGAAUAGGCAGUGGGGGCAAGCGGUUGGCUUUUGUUCUGGCAAUGCCUCCUUUUUGCUCCAUUGCUCCUGAGCCCCCGGGGGGUGGGCACUGUCAUGCUCCACUGGCCGAUUUGCCUUUGCUGCAGAGCAAGUUUCCUGGUUUCUGAAGCUGCUGCCCUAGGCAGGUUCUCCCACCUGUCUCAUGGCAGGGCCUGUCCUGCAAAGGAAAGUUCCACAGCGGCACCAGAUGCUGACGGCGUUGCACAAAGUCCUUCAUCUGUUGGAUGCUAGCAUGGAGGCAGCAGCGUUGGUAUAUAUGUUUAUAGCUACAAUAUUCUCCUAAGGACAAAAGCCUUGGAUUUGCUCCAGGACUCAAGCAUUUCCUUUCUUUUCCAUUCUCUGCUGUGAACUUGUGAACUGAAGCGAGGCAAAUCUCCUGAAAGGCAAUCUCAUGUGGAAACAUCUCUUCUGUUUCUUAAACGUUGAGCAAAGUUUAAUGCAUUUUAAUGUUUCAUGUAUUUUGCGCCCUGAUUCUUCCCUCCCUUUUCCCUCCCUCCCCUCUUCGAAUGCAGUGCUGCGCCGAUGAGAAAUGGGGCGAAUGGAGGCCACAUCUGGCUGCUAUCCUGUCCAACCGAGUGGGAGAGGCAGAUCUGAACUCCAGAGCCAUUGUCACCAUGGGAGAGACGCUGGGUGAGGAGACCCACCAAGGACCCACAAUUCCAGCUCCUGUUCUUAAGCCCCGAGAGCAGCGUGGCUGCUUCCCACACCGCUCCAGCUUCAUAGGAACGGAGGAAUCGUGAGGAAGGGGUGGGGCCCACUAGGGAAGAACCACAGGGACAGGGCCCAGGCCUAACUUUGGAUACUAGCACCGUUCUUCCCAUGGGAUCCCACCUACCCCAUGUUCUCCCUCCAUUUAUAAUAAUAAUACUAAUAAUUUAUUAUUUGUACCCCGCCUAUCUGGCUGGGCUUCCAACAAAGAUUAAAAACACAUUAAAAUGUCACACAUUAAAAACUUCCCUGAACAGGGCUGCCUUCAGAUGUCUUCUAAAUGUCAGGUAGUUGUUUAUCUCUUUGACAUCUGAUGGGAGGGUGUUCCACAGGGCAGGUGCCACUACCGAGAAGGCCCUUUGCCUGGUUCCCUGUAACCUCACUUCUCUCAGUGAGGGAACCGCCAGAAGGCCCUCGGAGCUGGACCUCAGUGUCUGGGCAGAACUGUGGGGGUGGAGAGGCUCCUUCAGGUAUACUGGACCGAGGCCGUUUCUCCCUCUAUUGUUCAUUUAUAUAAAAUCUGGUACCUUUGUAGGGCUGGUGUGGCAAUUAGUGUUACUGGAGAAAUUUAUUCAGCAAAACAGGCUAUGCAGGCUCAAUGAUGAAAACCAACAACACUCGCUAGAAGGGUUAUACCAGGAGACCCCUGGUCUCUCAGCUCCAUUAUUGGAUUGAUUGGAGACACUGACUCAGGACCGCUAAGGUCACCUUGGGCAAUAUUUAGCCACAGCCACAUUGGGUCCUGCUUCCCACUGUGGAUUUUGAUGCUGACGUUCACCAUGGAGUUUGCGAACUGGGUGUUGUGCUCGUGUUUUAUCAGUGUUAGAGAUGUAAGGGAGGGAAAACCCUUUUCAAAAACAAAACCCCGCAUUCCCUGUGUUACAGCAGGGGUAGGCUGCAGUACUUACGGUAUAAUGCAUAUCGUAAUGUCUUCUUAGGGGACAUGGGUAGUGCUGUGGGUUAAACCACAGAGGCUAGGACUUGCUGAUCAGAAGGUCGGCGGUUUGAUUCCCUGCGAUAGGGUGAGCUCCCGUUGCUCGGUCCCUGCUCCUGCCAACCUAGCAGUUCGAAAGCACGUCAAAGUGCAAGUAGAUAAAUAGGUACCGCUCUGGCGGGAAGGUAAACAGCGUUUCCGUGUGCUGCUCUGGUUCGCCAGAAGCGGCUUAGUCAUGCUGGCCACAUGACCCGGAAGCUGUCUGUGGACAAACGCCAGCUACCUCGGCCAAUAAAGCAAGAUGAGCGCCACAACCCCACAGUUGUUCGCAACUGAACCUAACGGUCAGGGGUCCCUUUACCUUUACCUUUUAAUCUCUUCUUAUCCUUCCAUGAUGCAAUAUGCUCCUCUUUUUACCUAUCCAGCUGGAAAAGGAUUAACAGAAGCUGCUCACCUCUGCUACCUAGUGGCAGACGUCCCCUUUGGCCACUACGGAGUCAAAACAGACCGCAUGGUGUUGCUGGGCAGUAGCCAGAGGUGAGUGAGAACGGAAAGGUCCAACUUAAUUAGCAGCGCUUGGCGUUUCUGUAGCUCACUUCAAGCAUUCAAAAUGGCACAUUAGCUCAGCAUUACAAUGCUGCUUUGAAGCCAGCCAAGUUUCCUCCUCUGUUGCAGGCCAGGGGUUCAAAAACGGGAGAGCAGGUGUGUCCUUAAGCCCUUCCAGCGAGGGCAUGGCUGUGAGAUGAGACUGGCUUAGGGCAAGAGGUGCAGACUGUCGAGGCAGAAGGACUUUGCUUGGCCUGCUCUUGCGCCUUUGCCUUGUGCCCCUUGAUGUGCAAUGUCAUGUUGGGUACUGUAUAUGGUGAACUGCUGCUUGCGGAGGCAUCAUCCGCUAUCCUCUUUUGCCAGGCUAACUGAUUUUUACUGCAUGGUGGCAACUGAUAUGAUAAUACAGUGGUACCUCUGGUUGCGAACGGGAUCCGUUCCGGAGUCCCGCUCGCAACAUGAAAAGCCCGCAACCUGAAGCGCCGUAUCUGCGCAGGUUUGUGGUGCGAUUUGGCGCUUGUGCGCAUGUACGAAGCAUGAUUUAGCGCUUCUGCGCAUGCGCGAGCGAUGAAACCCAGAAGUAAUGCUUUCCGGUACUUCCGGGUCGCCGCAGGACGCAACCUGAAAAAAGGUAACAUGAAGCAAACGUAACAUGAGGUAUGACUGUAGAAGGGAUGUAGGAACUGGCUCUAGCAAUCCUUUUUUUAAAAAAGAAAAGAAAAAAGAAAAGAAAAAAAGAAGAAAGAAAAGAAGAAAGAAAAGAAAAGAAAUCUUUCUGAUAGGGUUGAGCGGGAGGGCUAGGGCUAUGCAUGUAUAAUUACAGCACUAUGCCUGUGCAAACCUACACCUAUUCAUUAUUUUCCAAGUUCCUGCCCCAAGGCCUAAUGUGACAUUUCCAUCGAUAGCCAGAUAUAUGGGCUUGACAUGCAUUGUGGAAAUACCAGCUGUGGGCGUGGAGUGUAAUGCCACAACCUGGCCACACGAGGUCACUGUAGCUCUAAACUAAUCUUAAGUUACGGGAUGAACUAAAGCUCACUUUGCCCGCUGUGCAGUAUUUAGGAGUCUUGGAUGGGAAACUAGAUUUAUGGAAUUUAGCUUCUUCUGAAGCUGAGAGAUGGCACUUCAGUAUCCAACCAGCAGAUAUUGAGAUGCCGGUGGUCUCCUUGCCAGCAACAUUCCACAGCUGGACCAAAGUUACUCUUGCAGGAGUCAGAGUAGAACCAAAACGAAAUUUUGCAAUAGGCUUAAAUUCAGUUCCACCCCCUCGCUGAAUCUGAACUCAACAUUUGGCAAUUUAACCUUCAUUGCUAUUGUGUGCCCUGUUUCUGAUAUUGUGAAACUGGUGUAUGCACGAUAGGGCUGACAUUAUUGCACGUCACCUGUCAAAUCUUGUAUUUGUUGAGUGAGACACAUAAGUCACAGACCAGUCCUGGCUUCUGCCACAUGCCAGCUGCCACUCUGCAAUCCUAUGAUUCUCUGUACACGUGCUUCCACGACCAGUGAGACAGACAGAGGUUUGGGUUUUCUGCGUCUUCUAAAGUGCCCCAAGAAGUCAGCUUCUUGUAAGGUGAGACAUGCCGGCUGCAAACGAUUUAGUCAUUCACCUUAAGAGGCUCCGCUAAGGUUAAAAAUCCAAUUUAAAGAGCCAACAGUUCCACUUAUGCUAAUGGUGCUCUGGCUAGAUAAAAAGGAAAGGAUUUUAACGAUUCAUUUCACCUUUAAACCAUUCGCUCCUUAUUAGAAUUACAGGUCUAAACAAGCCUUGCGUCUUCAAGCAACACAUGUAACUGACAACUGUGGUGCUGUUGAAUGUAGCUCCUUUGGAGUCAGGGCAUUUGGUGGUGGUGGGGAGGGACACAACAGUUCUCUAAAAGGAAAUCUAAUCGGACUUUCUGCCACCUCAAAGCUGAGCCUCAACUUCUGUUGCCAGAGGGGAUCCAGCAGCCGCCCAGCUGUUGUGGCACUCCCCACCUCCCAUGCUGUGCUUUGUACUGGGAUUAACUGGUUCAGCUACCUAUGGCAACCCUUGGCUUGUAGGUUAGCUGCUUAGCAUGGGAAAUACAUAACUUGGAUGGAAAAGUUUCUAGUUGUAGUUUAACUAACUAGUCUGGAGCAGAACAAGGCAGCCGCACUUGCUUGGGGUAUAAAUAAUAAAUUAUUAUUUUUGCAUUCUCUCAGAGAGUAGCUCCAAGCUGACCUCUCAGCUCGAGGUCUGAGAGAGAAGUAUGAGGAGAGAAAUAAUCUUGGUGUAUAUUUCAAACCCACACAAACAAACGUCAGUUAGCGCCACCACAUUUGAAGUAGAAAUAUAUAUAUAAAAUAUAAAAAUAUUGCCCAGUGGCACCUUAGAGACCAACUAAGUUUGUUCUUGGUAUGAGCUUUCGUGUGCAUGCACACUUGUUCAGAUACACUGAAAGUGUGCAAGAAAGAACAAACUUAGUUGGUCUCUAAAGUGUCACUGGACAUUUUUUUUAUUUUUAUUUUUUAUAUUUCUACUGCGUCAGACCAGAGCCUGGCAUGCUCGGGUCCAUGGGGUCACGAUGAGUUGGACACGACUAAAUGACUAAACAACAACAACUGCGUCAGACCAACAUGGCUACCUACCUGAAUCUAGAACAUUUGAAGUAGAACCAUGGAGACUGUUGGACAAAUGUCUCAUGACUGCUGUGCAGUAAAUGUGUUCUUAGUUGGAAAGGUUAGGAUACAGCUCAGCUUGUAUUAAGGCGAAUGAAGUUUGUAGAGAGGGGGAAAUGUAGAGAGGGGGACCUCCAGACGUCCUAGACUGCCGUGUUGCGCUUCCUUCUGGUGUUAAACUGAUGCCACGCAGAGUUGCUGCUCUCCUUUCCUGUUCUUCCUCCUUUCUUAUCUGACCCACCAUGGGAGAGGAGGCAUUUUGUGUGUCUCUGCUGAGAUCAGCGAGCCUCUUUCUUGCCUUUCCAACAUAGUUAAAUAAAACUAGGAGCUCUUUACCAUCAAACACAUAUUUGCUAUGAUAAACUUAGCUUUCUUAUUUUCCAUACUAAAGGCCUCCGUGUAAUUGCUUCCAAGGUAAGCGUGUUCCUCCAAGGGAUUUCAGUGCAAAGUUCAGACUUUCACCGACGCAUAUAAACUCUGAAUGCUAUCAGUGAUGGGGAGCUCAAAGGGAGAAAACAAGGUUCUUUAUUAUCCCAGCCUUCCCUCUCCCUUGGUCUUCAUUCCUUUUUUUCUCCAAGCAAGCUCUAUUGUAGCAGAGAAGCCAAGUCUGGCUUGGUUCAGCAGGCACUGAAGGGAGGAAGGAAGGGAGGAAGGAAGGAUGGAUUUAACCAGCAUGGCAUUGGAGAUUUUGAAUUCUGGUGCUGGAGGAGACUCUUGAGAGUCCCAUGGACUGCAAGAAGAUCAAACCAAUCCAUUCUUAAGGAAAUCAGCCCUGAGUGCUCAUUGGAAGGACAGAUCGUGAAGCUGAGGCUCCAAUACUUUGGCCACCUCAUGAGAAGAGAAGACUCCCUGGAAAAGACCCUGAUUGAGGGCACAAGGAGAAGGGGACGGCAGAGGACGAGAUGGUUGGACAGUGUUCUCAAAGCUACCAGCAUGAGUUUGACCAAACUGCGGGAGGCAGUGGAAGACAGGAGUGCCUGGCGUGCUCUGGUCCAUGGAGUCACGAAGAGUCGGACACGUCUAAACGACUAAACAACAACAACAACAAGCACGAGAAGGGAAAGCCAAUGUUUAAUUUAUUGAAAGCAUUCAGAUACUGCCCUAAAUUAUCUUUGACUCCAGGAUGGCUUACACAGUUCAAAAUUUGAAAGAAUACACCUCUAGCUGCAACACACCUUCUUUAGCUAAGUGAGGAAGAAUGAAACAAACCGCAACAGGUUCAGCAACAAAACUGCCAGGACAUUUGCAAAGCUAAGCAUGCUAUGGGUACGGGUUCAAACUGGAUGAGGGACUGCAUCAUGUUGAGAUUCUUGCAUUGCAGGGGAUGGACUAGAUAACCCUCGGGAUCCCUUCUAAUUCUACAGUUCUACGAUUCUAUGGGGAUGCGGGUGGUGCUGUGGGUUAAACCACAGAGCCUAGGACUUGCUGAUCAGAAGGUUGGCGGUUCGAAUCCCCGCGAAGGGGGGGGGGUUCCCGUUGCUCGGUCCCUGCUCCUGCCAACCUAGCAGUUUGAAAGCAUGUCAAAGUGCAAGUAGAUAAAUAGGUACCGCUCUGGCGGGAAGGUAAACGGCGUUUCCGUGUGCUGCUCUGGUUCGCCAGAAGCGGCUUAGUCAUGCUGGCCACGUGACCCGGAAGCUGUACGCCGGCUCCCUCUGCCAAUAAAGCGAGAUGAGCGCCGCAACCCCAGAGUCGUCCGCAACUGGACCUAAUGGUCAGGGGUCCCUUUACCUUUACGUUACGAUUCUAUGAUACCAUGAGGAGUGGGAGACUUCUUUCCAGGCAUCUGACUUGAAGCAUUAAACCCCCCCACCCCCAGCCUGCUUGGUAUUUUGCACAACAACAGAAAGAAGCAGCCAGUUUUAGCUGAGUGGUGUGGUGCCUUAAGACAGUGAAACCUCUUAGCUUAGAAUUAGAAAUAGGAAAUGCCCGUUUGCUUAGAGAAGGAAGAAAGUGGCAAGGACUCUGGUCUCUGCUAACUCUGCAUUUACUACGGCUAGGUGGUUUUUAAAAUUGGUUUAAUUAAUAGAUUUGUCAACCAGUGCUUUAGUUGAUGGACUGAUGAUGAGGUUCUCAAAUUGUUGUUGUUGUUGUUAUAAUAUUUUAUCCCAUCUGGCUGGGCCUCUCCAGGCAUUCUGGGAGACUCCCAACAAAAUAUUAAAAACACAAUAAACCGUGAAACAUUAAAAACUUCCCUAAACAGGGGUGCCUUCAGAUGUUUCCUAAAAGUCAGGUAGUUGUUUAUUUCCUUGACAUCUGAUGGGAGGACGUUCCACAGGGCGGGGCUACCACCGAGAAGGCCCCCUGCCUGGAAUGUGCUUGUGGACUCUAUUUCAUACAACAAAUCCUAACACGGAUAAAAUAAACAAAAUAGCAAGUAAGCAAAAUUGAAGAGUUAAUAAUUUAAGAGAGAGAUAAAACGUCUAUGUAGAUCCAGCAGGUAAGAAUGACUGAUGUAUUUUAUAGGCUGUCGUGCAAAAUUUUGCGACUAAUGCUGUAAUCUCUGGUCUUCCAUCUUCUAGAAGCAAACUGGACAAUUCCAAUCUAGAUCAUCUGGGCAUUCUUCAAAGCAAGGGGGCAAUAAUCGUUAUACUAGCAUCUUGGUAGUAGGGGUGGCAUAAAAGGACAUGGUCUGUGGUCUAUAGGAGAAGCCGUACCUUCUGCUUCGUCUUCUUCUGAACCAGGGAACAGAAAAGUAAACACACAUUCUCUGAGUUGUGCAGACAAACUCCAAUUAGCAAGGGCAAACUGGUGGGACUAUAAGCCACAGAAACGUUUGUUUAUUUUUAAAGGCUUUUUUAUAAAGCUAUUUUGGUUCUUGCGUCUUACUUUAGUAAGGAAUGUAAUGGAGGGUGGGUGGGAAUUAAAAAUGGUAUUUCAUUCUAGCAAUGGCAACUAGCUUUGGUUUAUUAAGUGUAGGUUGUGUGACAUUUCCUUUCACUUAUCCGAAGGGCUGAUCUACUGAAGUCUCUGUAAUUUGCAGAUUUGUUUAAGCCUAACUGAUUAACCAGUUAAUGGGUGGGUGAGUAAUGAACUGAAAUGAAUUCAGUGGCUGCUGCCAGCUCCAGGCGUUGGAAGAAAGGCUUGCAGUUCAGCCCUUUCAACGACUCCUGUUGGGUUCAGUGUGUUAGGAAUGGGGGCAUGUGAUGAAAAGCUCUGCUGGACCAGAGGUUGGGUGAUGCAGUGCCUCAGAAAUCCACCAGAGUGCUCAGCUUUAGCCUCCUUCUGAUUGGCUGCAGGUACCACUAGCCAGAAAGGGAUGCGGGUGGUGCUAUGGGUUAAACCACCGAGCCUAGGGCUUGCCGACCAGAAGGUUGGCGGUUCGAAUCCCCGCUACGGGGUGAGCUCCCGUUGCUCGGUCCCGGCUCCCUUUUCUUGUUUUAACUUCCCUAAGUCUCCAAGUACUACAGUCCUCCCCUGUUAAAUAACCAAAUUUUAGCCAGUAGUUACUCAGAAAUGAGUCCUGUUGGAUUUAAUGAGUUAGGGAUGGGUGGAGAAAUCCAUUUUGGUUCUCGUUUAAAGACAAAAUCUGCCUAGAUUUGCGCUUUUCAAAACUGAAACACAGCCAUCCUUUGAAAUUUGUGGUUUUCCAAAUUUUGCAGUGCAGCAAUCCAGCCAAGUAAUGUGUACAAAAUGCGUAUGCUAGGGUAAGCUUUCCAUAAAAAAUUUGUAUAUUAGUGAAAACAACAUACAAAAUGGGGGAAAUUACUUUGCCAGAAUGGGUGCAUUAAGAGAAAUGCCCAUUAAAAUACUGGUGAAUUUUCACGAGGGCUUUUUUUUAAAAACCUCCACCACCACAAAGUGACGUGGAAAUGUGGGGACCGGAAUCUAAGAGGCUGCUUUAGAGAAUGCUGUUCACUUUCCAUCCCUGACUCUCUGUCCGCUUCUUCCUUUCAGCCAGACCUUUGCCCAGUUUGCCAGGACAGAGGGCAUCCACAGGACAGAGAUCUUGGAGUACUGCCAGUUGUUGAGGAGUCCCCAGGCUUUCAUUCCCUCUUUCCAGGUAACAGAUGCCCUCUGACUCCAACCAGUUAUUUAAGAACAUCUGGAGCUCAUUGAAGUUUAAUGGAUCAUCUCUAAAAAUGCUUUUUAAACAAGAGCUUUUGGGUCUUGAGCCUUGUCAGGGUUAACAAAGUUUCUCCUAGGGGGUGGGCUAUAGGGGCCACCUGCACCCCAUGUUUAAAGCUCCUGGUUCAGUCCCCAGCAACUUCCAUUUGGAGGGACCAGGAGGUCUCUUUGGGUGGGUUGCUGCCAAUAAGAAGUGUGAGCUAAUGAUCUAGCCCAGAGCUUUCAAAACUGUGUGCCGCGACACAUUAGUGUGUCGGCUGCAGCGUGUAGGUGUGUCGCACAAAUGCUCCCCCUGGGGCUGGAAAGGGGUCAGUUUAACCUCUGGUUUGCUAAUACAGUGGUACCUCGGGUUAAGAACUUAAUUCGUUCUGGAGGUCCGUACUUAACCUGAAACUGUUCUUAACCUGAAGCACCACUUUAGCUAAUGUGGCCUCCCGCUGCCGCCACGUGAUUUCUGUUCUCAUCCUGAAGCAAAGUUCUUAACCUGAGGUACUAUUUCUGGGUUAGCGGAGCCUGUAACCUGAAGCGUCUGUAACCUGAAGCGUCUUUAACCUGAGGUACCACUGUAAAAUGGAAUUACUGUGUCGCAAAAUGAUUCAUGUCUUAAAAGUGUGUCGCCAACACGAAAAGUUUGGAAAGCUCUGAUCUAACCUGACGUAAGGCCAGUUUAGGAUAUUGAUCUGUACUUGGCCAAAGUUGCACUUUGAGACGUCUCAUACCUUUGAGCUUUUCCUGUGCUAUCAGUGUGCGAUCAUUUUUAAUGUGGAAUGUGAAGCAGGGGAGAGGCGUUUGUUAUGUGAAUGAGCAUCUUGUACAAUAGCCAUUACAAUCUGAAUCAAGCAAAUCCCACUUAGCAGGUGCUAUGCUCCCUCCUUUCUCCCCACCCCUUAUUAUCUGGGAUAGCUGUUAUGGGGUGGGGUCAAUGUUAAUCCCCAUUCCUGCCUCCCAUAACUGGCAGGGUUUGGGGGAGUAAUGCUGAAGAACAGAGCUAAGUUGCUUUGUAGCAGGGCUGGCCCUGGUAUACAACCUGAUUCAGCUUGUAGGAUGAAUGCAAUACAUCAUUACUAGGCCGAAGCCUCAUUUGUGGAAGUGCCCUUUAAAAAGCAUGAUUAAAAUAGUAAAAUAGUCCUGUCUAUCGCAAGGGCAGGAGAAACCAAGCCUCUUUGCCUGGCCUUUGGCAGGAUUUUAAAGGACCCAAGGAUGCUUGAUGCUCAAUCACAUAUAAUUUCCCCCUGACAUUUUCGGCAGAUCAAAAGCCGCUGUGGAAGCUGCAAUCUUGAGCAGAGGAUGAGUGAUUGGGGUCGGGAAUGGGGAGAGAGGGGCUGCUUAUUCUUCACCUCUGGCCAUUUUAUCUGCUCUAUAUCGCACUCACACCCCCGGCAGCCUCCUUCUGUGGUAGCUGAAUCAAGCUAACCGAAUCCACAAAGUGAAUUUGCCUUGGCAAAUUUUGCUGAGUUAUUAAGAGCUAGUAAAAAAGGGUUUAUAGACAAAGUCCUUAGACCAGACAUCACCCAGGUGAAGCCCCUUCCUCUAGCUUAGUGUGACGUGCAAAACAGGUUUUUAAGAGUGAUCUGCCUUUCUAUUGUUGCCCAGUCUCCAAGCCCUGCAAGAUUCCAGGGGAUCUAGGAGCUUAUUCAGGAUUCGGCACAGGAGAGACUGUGGUGUCUUUAUGAUAUAUGGUUUGUUUACACAUAUAAGCCACCUGAGCCUCCAGUGAAGGGGCUCACAGCAUUGGCAUCUCAUCGCUGCAGCCUGCCAGAUUCCAACUUAUAGCUCACAGAACUCAAUUCUCAACUCUGGCUUUUGGCUUUCUAACUCUCAGUGAGUUGAGGGAGGAAGCCCUAACCAUCUGAUAUCUGGCACAGAACCACGUCCUUUGUUACCUUAAUGGCCCAUACUUAGAGGGCCAUUACUUCACCAGGAAGCUAGACUGGCUAUUCCAGGAAUUGAAUUCAUGCCGGAUCCAUGAAUUAGAAGUGGGUCCAGGCCUCUGCUCCCCACCCCGAACUCAUAACACUAUCUUCAGGUUAAGAGAUAAGAGUUUUUUUGUUCCAUAGCUGUCUCCUAGCCAGUACGCUACAGCUAACAACUGUAAACACUUUAAAAGAACUUAACAACAUGUAAGCCGGCCUUCAGGUGCAUGAGCUGUUUUGAUGAGGUCUGCCCCAAAUAUCAAUCCUGCCACUUUUCCGGGACUGCUGCUCUCCUGCAGAAGUGGAAAGAGGGUUAUCUAAUUACUUUUCAUUGACUCAGCUCCCACAGCAACCUGAACAGAGUGCCCCCAAAUGCAUCUCAUUCCUCCUCUCCCCUGCAAUCUGUAUAAGUCCCCCCCCCAUUGUCUUUUGCAGGUUUACAAGCUGAUCUAUGCCUCUCGCCUGGUGGACUGUGGCCUCCCGCCCAGGCCUUGCAUUACUGCGAAGCGGCAGCGACUGCGCUUCUUGCUCAGAAGCAGAACACGUACCCUGUCCUCCUGGAGCAAGUGAUCAAGGUGGGCUUUGGGUUAUGAGGAAAAGCCAUGCACUUCAUGUCACAAGAGACUCGCAUGGGGAGGCAAACUAAGGCCUGGGGGCCGGAUCCGGCCCAAUCGCCUUCUCAAUCCGGCCCGCGGAGGGUCCAGGAAUCAGAAGAAUGUGCCCUUUUAUUUAAAAUGCAUCUCUGGGUUAUUUGUGGGGCAUAGGAAUUCGUUCAUUCCCCCCCCCCCCAAAAAUAUAGUCCGGCCUCCCACAAGGUCUGAGGGACAGUGGAACGCCCCCCUGCUGAAAAGGUUUGCUGACCCCUGCAAGAGAGCUUGAUCCUUAUUCCAAACUGGUGAUGAACUGGCAAGAUGAAUGCUCCUAUGCGAGAGGGACCAACUCUUUCCACAGCGAGCUAGACAUGCCCCGUCCUUCCCAAGCCCAAGUGUCAUAGUGUUAGAAUUCAUUUAUUCAUGUCUAAAUUUACCUCCACAGUGGAGUUUUCUUUUGAAGUGUGACACAGCCUCCACUGGUUUCUGACCAUUACCGUUUUUAAGGUACGAAUCUGUGUCCAGCUGUUCUCUCACCUUCCCUUUUCUGCUUUAUGCCAGCAGUUAUUCCAACCCCUAAAUUAGUACAGUAUUGGUUUUGAAUAGAAACCUCCCCUGAAUAUAGACUGCACCCCUAAAAUGAGAUCCCUUUGAAAUGAAAUUUUAUGUAUAUAAUCAAUCUCUGGCACCAUCCAGUGCUACUUGUCUCACAAUAAAUAAAUCCCUGGACAACUGGAGUGGGUCAUCCAUUUACAAAAACUACCAAAGUAUGUUGAAAUUCCACGUGGCUCCCAAGGUCUCGUCUUAAAUAACGGUUUCUAUUUCUAUAGGAGCACAAUUGUAGGCCGCACAGGUUUUAUGCAAACCAGAUUAAAGGGUGGGAAAGCACAUCCUAUAUUGAGACUAAUACAGUAUAUAUGUGAAUGCAGGUGUCUUUUGUUGGAACACACCUGUUUAUGUGCCUGAUUCCUUUAGCUCUGUUUAUGGGGAGGGAUCUGAUUACAGGUGUGCUAUGCUCACAAUGAACUUCAUGUCCCAAGAGGGACAUGAAGGGACGCGGGUGGCACUGUGGGUUAAACCACAGAGCCUAGGACUUGCCGAUCAGAAGGUCGGCAGUUCGAAUCCCCGCGAUGGGGUGAGCUCCCGUUGCUCGGUCCCUGCUCCUGCCAACCUAGCAGUUCGAAAGCACGUCAAAGUGCAAGUAGAUAAAUAGGUACCGCUCCAGCGGGAAGGUAAACGAUGUUUCUGUGCGCUGCUCUGGUUCGCCAGAAGCAGCUUAGUCAUGCUGGCUGACUGAACCCAAAGGGUGCUCAUCAAUGGUUCCUCUUCAUCCUGGAGAAGAGUGACUAGUGGGGUGCCACAGGGUUCUGUCUUGGGCCCUGUCUUAUUCAACAUCUUUAUCAAUGACUUGGAUGAUGGACUCAAGGGCAUCCUGAUCAAAUUUGCAGAUGACACCAAACUGGGAGGGGUGGCUAACACCCCAGAGGACAGGAUCACACUUCAAAACGACCUUGACAGAUUAGAGAACUGGGCCAAAACAAACAAGAUGAAUUUUAACAGGGAGAAAUGUAAAGUAUUACACUUGGGCAAAAAAAUGAGAGGCACAAAUACAAGAUGGGUGACACCUGGCUUGAGAGCAGUACAUGUGAAAAGGAUCUAGGAGUCUUGGUUGACCACUUGGUUGACAUGAGCCAACAGUGUGACGCGGCAGCUAAAAAAGCCAAUGCAAUUCUGGGCUGCAUCAAUAGGAGUAUAGCAUCUAGAUCAAGGGAAGAACCGGUGCCACUGUAUUCUGCUCUGGUCAGACCUCACCUGGAGUACUGUGUCCAGUUCUGGGCACCACAGUUCAAGAAGGACACUGACAAACUGGAACGUGUCCAGAGGAGGGCAACCAAAAUGGUCAAAGGCCUGGAAACGAUGCCUUAUGAGGAACGGCUAAGGGAGCUGGGCAUGUUUAGCCUGGAGAAGAGGAAGUUAAGGGGUGAUAUGAUAGCCAUGUUCAAAUAUAUAAAAGGAUGUCACAUAGAGGAGGGAGAAAGGUUGUUUUCUGCUGCUCCGGAGAAGCGGACACGGAGCAAUGGAUCUAAACUACAAGAAAGAAGAUUCCACCUAAACAUUAGGAAGAACUUCCUGACAGUAAGAGCUGUUCGACAGUGGAAUUUGCUGCCAAGGAGUGUGGUGGAGUCUCCUUCUUUGGAGGUCUUUAAGCAGAGGCUUGACAACCAUAUGUCAGGAGUGCUCUGAUGGUGUUUCCUGCUUGGCAGGGGGUUGGACUCGAUGGCCCUUGGGGUCUCUUCCAACUCUAUGAUUCUAUGAUUCUAUGCUGGCGACAUGACCUGGAAGCUGUACGCUGGCUCCCUCAGCCAGUAAAGGAAGAUAAGCGCCGCAACCCCAGAGUCGGCCACAACUGGACCUAAUGGUCAGGGGUCCCUUUACCUUUACGUUUAUGCUCACAAUGGCCAGUUCCUGUUAAGGACUUGGUUGCCGUGUUUUGAACCAGCCCACGUUUCCAAACACUUCCUUAGGGCUGCCCUGCACAGAAAAAGCUCCAGCAACCCAGCUCAGAUGUGACAUGAGCCUGCUUUGAGAAGCCAAACCCUUGUAUCCCAAGAAGGGGUCUUGCUUGGGAGUCAGCCUCAUUGCGGACUUGUUCAGCAGCUGAUUGAGGAGGAGACCUGAAAUUAUGUCAGUCCGUAGCAAACAACCUCUGUUUGCCCUCCAUAGUGGAUUCAGCUGUAUAAAUAUUCAGAAUAAAUGGAAGGAAAGACGGCUAAAUCAGAAACAGCACAAAUUACAAAUGCGGCACAGGGCGUAAGUAGCUCAGUUAGUUACAGGCUGAUCUGUUAAUUCCUUUCUAAUGUUUCAUUUAAUGAUAAUCGCAUUUGCCUAAUCUGUGUUUCGCACAUACGUUAACACGAAUGGCUGAAAGCCCUGGAAUUUGAGAAGGGGCCUCGACAUGUUCCAAGAAACACGUUUCUCACGAGGAGCAAAUGACAUGAACAACCUGCUAAUAAUUGCUGAAUUUGGAGAGAGUUGUCACAGGUGGGAUAAGCGCUGCAAUUUAGAGAAGUAAUUUAGCAAGCGUAGCUCUUGUGGAGACGAGUCUUGCUUCUCCGUGGCUGCUUUUGAGUUCUGUGGGGCAAAAUUUGGGACAAAAUGUGCCAUUUGGGACAUUCUGAGGUGUUAGGUAGUGGAGUCACCAGGUAUAGGCAGGUGGCAGAUCCAAUUCCCAUGUCAGAUUUGGGGGGCUGUUGGAUGAUGUUCUCUGUGGCACUGCACAGGUGAUGUUGCAGCUGUGACACACACAUUCUCUCUGGCCCAAUCCACACAAUUGCUGAGAUUGGGGGCAGGGGGUGGGGAGGCCAGUGGAGAAAGAUGUUGCUGCACUCACAUUUUUCUCCACAGCUUGAAUGUUUGGAGAAGGCAGGUGAACAGGCAGUGGAGCCUUCUAGAAUGCAGUUAAGCACCAUGUCAGUGUGUUAUAAAAAAACAAUAGGUUAGGCUAAGUUAGAUGGACCAAUGAUUUCACUCACCAACAUCCCAUCUUCUGCUCCCAGUAACCACAACUGGCCUUCUAGAAUGGCGCUGAGAGGAUCAGGAUUUCCCCCCCUUGGUAUUAUCAAAAGAAGAGUUUUUGUCUUGAAGGCAGAGCUAACAGUUCUUGCUUGGUUCCCCCCUCCCCCCUUUAAAAAAUCCUCUUUUGCCACCUAACUUAAAGAGCCCUCUGCUGACUGGAGCAGUGACUCUGGAUCCUCUGAACUAACUGCUCCUCUCCUCGCUUCUUCCCAAUCGCACAGCUGGCAGAGCGCCUGAAACUCUCUGACCCCUGCCUGCUGGAAAAGUCUGUGCAAGAGGCCAUUUGGGAACCGGGUUGGCUUUCAGAGCUCCGAACCAGAUGUCGGCAGUGGGAGGUAAGACUUCUUGGGUGGGGUGUCGAUGGGCUGAUUUGUGAUCUAGCUCUUUCUGGCCACUCGGAUUAAGCUGAAGAGAAGCAGCUGUUUCCCAACUUGAGGCACGCGGCACCCAAAGCCUGCUUUACCAUCUGAGGCAGAAAACAGGGACUUCCUGCUUCCUGCUCCACCUCCCGCAUGGUUGCCAUCUCUGGGAAGUCGAGGGGAUGUGUCUUUGUUGCCAGGUGAUGGUACUCCUCUGACUACCAUUCCCCAUGACAGACGGGUGAGGCCAUGCCUCCAUUGUCACACUGAUGGCAGAAUCUGGCACUCGCCAGUGUCGCCUCUCCUCCAUUGGUUUCCCCCCCUCGGCUUCAGCAACAUGGCUGCUUUCAGAAAACACUUGUUUUGGCUUUGCGUCGCUUUCUCGUGGUUUAAUACCACAUCGGAUGCCAUCCUGAUGUCGGAGAGUGUGGCGUAUACAUUUUGCAUUGAUGAACAGAAGAUUUAUCUUCCACAGAGAUCUGUGGAACUGCCGCCUAAAGGGCAGAAGAUGGGUGAUCCCCUGGAUGUGCUACUCGGUUCAGGGGAUGUAAUUGGGGUUGCUAUGUAGAGUUCUGACUAUAUAUAUGACAUAGAGUUCUAUGUAGAGCCAGUGUGUUGUAGUGGUUAAAAGCGGUGGACUCGUAAUCUGGUGAACUGGGUUCGCUUCCCCGCUCCUCCACAUGCAGCUGCUGGGUGACCUUGGGCUAGUCACACUUCUCUGAAGUGUCUGAGCCUCACUCACCUCACAGAGUGUUUGUUGUGGGGGAGGAAAGGAAAGGAAAUUGUUAGCCACUUUGAGACUCCUUAGGGUAGUGAUAAAGCAAGAUAUCAAAUCCAAACUCUUCCAGUCCCACCUCCUCCCAAUGGUGGGUGAUGAAGACUGUUCACGAUGAGCCCUGGUGAUUUGUCUGUGGCCUCUGUGACUUGUCCCUUGUUGGCACUUCAUCCGCCUUCUUGCCUGCUGCCCCAGAGCUGCCCCCACUUAGCUCCAAGCUCUGUUUAACCUGUUUUUCUUCUUCUCCUUCUCAUCUCAUUUAAGGAGGAAGGAAGUCUUUGCAAUGCCAACUGCACCCAGCCGGAAUUUCCCAGAACCAGUGGAUCAACACCAGGUAAAAGAACGAAAGGAUGAACAGUGGCAGGUGUUCACAGAAAGGAAGACACAGCUGCACUGGGGCCAGUUAAAUGAAUCCCUUUUACAAUUAUUCUGGCACAUCUGAGACUGUUCCUUUCUGCUAUUGGAUUGGAUUCAAAGACUUCCCUGGAAGUAUGACUUGCAGAAGCCUAUUGGUAUCCUUAAUCAUCAUCAUCAAACCUUUUAUUGGUAUCACAUACAAACAUCCAUAGCAAAUCAAUACAGAAUUCCCACCUUCCCAGUGACACAAAACAUUUGUCAAAUGAAAGAGGCAAAGCAGUCUAACAUGACAUCUCUAGGUCUCCAGGGAGAUCACACGUCUGCAACGCGUUUCGAUGACAAAAAACCAGAUAAAGAUAUGUAGCCACUAACUUGGUGAGCUCCUGAUUAUUCCCCAAUAAUAGAAAAUGUAUGACCUCUAACUCUGGUUUCCAUUUGGGGAUGCAGAGUUGAUCUAGGAACUGCUGGCGGGGAUCAACGUAUAGUUUAUGUUUGAGAACCAUACGUGUAAGAGUUUCCACCUGAUGGUCUUCACAUGGGCAAAUUCUUUCUCCUUCCACCAUUCUCGAGAACCUUCCCCAUUGGAGGUUUGAAGGAUUUGAAUUAAACCUGGCCAGCGAAAAUGCCCUUCUUUCUUGAGGAUUAAGCAAAAAUUCAAGAUAAUUGUGGUUAAUUUCAUGCGCCCAAGAAAGUUGAAAGUUAAGAGGGAACAUGUUUUCUCUGCUGCUGCUGUUAGUUCCUGGCGUUCCAUGUCCCACAACCUAGUUUUUAUUACAGCCUUUGCAGAUGGUGGGGACAUGGAUCGCGAAAAUACCACAGACAGCCCAAGUUGCUGUACCUUUAUGUUAAACCGUUGUAGCCCUGGGGAAAGAAAGGGAUCUAGCAAAAGUUCACUAGGGAGAGGAUCUUUAUCUGUUGUGAAUCAGAUGUUUAACCAGCGUGUAAGAAAUCUUGCCCAGGCUAUGGUCUCUACCUUGUGUUGACCUCCCUCUAGACACAAGGCUGCAUAGGGUACACAACGUGGGACAGCAAAAAUCUUAAAAAGGAAAGCUGCCUGCACUCGUUCUUCCAGCUGGGUAAACCCUGGCAGCCAGACUGGAAUUCCGUAGAGCAACUGAGCUAUAUCUUUGGCGUUGAAGACCUUGAGGGCAGAGGGGGUAUGCAAAUUACCUCUUGUUAUAAAGAAACGCAUUAUGGUCUGCAUAGAGAUCUUACUGGCAUUUACUGCCGUCGCACGGUGCAAGGACCAUAGAAGCCUAUGAUGGAAUGUGAUUCCCAGGUAGAUGAAUUUGAAUACCUGCUGGAUGGGUUUUCCACCAAAUACCCAGCUAUAGCUUUUGCGUGAAUUCCCAAAAACCACUAUUUUGCUUUUUAUCAAAGUUCAUGCACAAUUUCAUUCUGGACAGAUAGUCAAUACAGGAAUUUAACAAACGUUUUAGGCCCAUUCUUGUCCGUGAAAGCAAAAUCAUAUCAUCUGCCUGUAGAAGGAUGGGAAUGCUUGAUGGGUUGAGUUUUGGGCUGUGGGCAUCCACCUGUUUUAGUAGAGAAGCGAGGUCGUUAAGAAAAAGAUUAAAAAGAGAGGGAGCGAGUACACAGCCCUGCUUUACUACUCUGUUUAUAACAACAGGAUCUGCCAUUGCAUUCCCUGGUGUUGUUCUUAUGCGAUAGGUGUUCUUUGUGUAAAGCUUUUUGAUCAGGUAAAGUAAUCUAGGUUCUAGGCCCAUUGUCUCCAAUUUGGACAGUGUGGAUGCCCUGAAAUUUGAACAACAGGUGGACUCUGUUUCUCAGGCAGUAAAUGCAUCGGAAUAGGUUAAAAGGGGCUCGGAUGUGGCUGUUUCUGAGGUUCUCAUUCUGUUCUUCCUGUCUCUAGCCUUCAUUGGGCAAGGGAUCUAAAUUCUACAAGCCCUUCAGAAGGCCUGUUUGCUUCCUGUAUGCUUUUGCAUAAAGCCCAGGAGAGUUCAGUGGGUCUUAUGGGGAGGAUUGCAAUGUUAGCUGGAUCAUCUGUCAAGCUGGGUUUUUCCACUACUGUCCAAACCUAAAGAUUCUGAGGAGUUUUAACAGGAUCAGCUACUAAAGUUCCCAGAUAUUCAGUCCCAGUCUCUGAAAGGUUUUGUUGUUUUUUAAAGCUGAAAAUAAAACUGAAGCCUAUUUGUGGAAUAUAGGCUUUCUAACAGGUAACUUUCUAACAGGUAACUAAAAAGGGACGCGGGUGGCGCUGUGGGUUGUCUACAGAGCCUAGGACUUGCCGAUCAGAAGGUCGGCAGUUCGAAUCCCCGCGACGGGGUGAGCUCCUGUUGCUCGGUCCCUGCCCCUGCCAACCUAGCAGUUCGAAAUCACGACAAAGUGCAAGUAGAUAAAUAGGUACCGCUCCAGCGGGAAGGUAAGCGGCGUUUCUGUGCGCUGCUCUGGUUCGCCAGAAGUGGCUUAGUCAUGCUGGCCACUUGACACGGAAUCUGUACACGUCUCCCUCAGCCAUUAAAGUGAGAUGAGUGCCGCAACCCCAGAAUCGGUCACGACUGAACCUAACAGUCAGGGGUCCCUUUACCUUUACCUUUAACAGGUAGCUAAAUGGAUCUUCCAGGGUAAGAGGCAGUAUACCUUUGAAUACCAGAUGCUGUGGACAAAUAAAAGGAGAAGCCCCUCUCUUUCAUGCUUUAUUAAGAGACUGGCUUCUGCUGGAAACAGUAAGUGGGAAUAAUAAGAGGGUUGGAUCCAGCUGCUCAGUUGUUCUGAUCUAAUAGCUAUUGGCAUUCCUGCUUAAGGUACCUCAUUUGUAGCCUUGGAGUUUGAACAGGUGUGCAGGCCAUCUAUGAAAUGGGGGAUAUACUGAUCUAAUCCAUCAAAUCUUACAUUAUCCAGAUUUGGCUCCCCGUUCUGAGUUUGCACAAAGCCAAGGCUGCUUGAAGGAGCUGGAGCCUCAUCCUUCGACUUACCUGCCACCGGUGGACUCGGCUCAAGACCAGCCCGAUGUGGGACAGAGAAGGCAUUUCUAUCCUGGGCCUCCUGUAGAUACAACUGAUGCGGGUGUGGAGACUUGUCUUCCAGGAAGUGACCACGGUUAUGUUUCCCCUCCUGGAGGACAUGCAGCAGACCUCUCCUCACAACAACAACCACCAGGUUAAGAGACGGUUGAAAUGAUUUGCGAUGGUGUGUGCAUGUACUAGUUCCCUGGUCUCCAUCUGGAAACCAUAUAUUGCAUUUUAAAAAAUUUAUUGAUUUUGGUGGCCUUGGGAGAUAAGGCAAGCCAUGCCCUUUUCCACUUCCUCUGUCUCCAGUCCUGCUGCAUCUGCUCCCCACCUGCUGGGGGGCACAGAUAUAUUUAAGAUGAUGGAGACGGAGGGUGGGCAAAAGAACCAGUGAUAAAUCUGGGUUCUGGAAAAUGAUUGUCGCUCCUCUUUUGCAGGUGGAGGGGCUCCUGAAUGAAUGAAUGAAUGAACUUUAUUACAGUCUCAGACCAGGAUUAAAAAAAGCAUAUAAAUAAAAUAGCAAUUAGGAUUUUUUAACCGAUAAGGCAUAGGAUAUAACAUCUGAAUAAAAUACACGAUUAGACAUGGAUAGUGGAUGGAUAAAAAACUGAUAAUUAAAACAAAUAAGAACUAAAAACAAACAAGGACACGCAGUUAAAACAACUGUAAGAGCAAAAGAACUAAAAUACUCAUAGUUAAAACAACAAGGCUGCAGAGUCAAAACAAGAGGCUGCAGAGUAAAAAGCCUCUUAAAUAGAGGACACUCACAACAUUAAAAACUGCUGUGCAGUUAUGGUUAAAACAGACAAUUAAAACAAUGUACAAAUGAUUGUCGCUCCUCUUUUGCAGGUGGAGGGGCUCCUAAGCAUUUAACAGCUGCCUGACAGUCUAUAUCACGCAUAGGCAAACUCAGCCCUCCGGAUGUUUUGGAGACUACAAUUCCCAUCAUCCCUGACCACUUGGUCUUGUUACCUAGGGAUCAUGGGAGUUGUAGGCCAAAAACAUCUGGAGGGCCGAGUUUGCCUGUGCCUGGUGUAUAUGAUGGAGAACGCUUCACCCGUAAAAUUUCAACCUCUCAGGCUGGUUUUUUUUAAAGGCAUAGGAGCCCUGUCUCAACAUAGAACCAGGCACUAUUGAAACAGCAGGACUUGCUUCCCAGCAGACAUGCUUAGGAUUGGGAGGGGGGCAGGGGGAAAAGCAGGUCCCUGCUUUUGCGGAAAGGCGUAAGAGUUCGCUUCCUGCUUCUGCCUUUGUUUGUUUGUACCUGGCAGUGCUUGUGUCCUGGACACUUUGGCUGCAGAGGCCAUUUCCAGGGAACUGCCUCCUAACAGCUCUUGCCAUUUUGAACUCCAGAUCUUGGCUGGUGGCUACAAUAAAACCUGUUCUGGUGUAAUCUGCAGGGGGCACCGCGGAAUCCUGUGGCCCGUACCACUUCCUGGGUGAUCAGGAGAGCAUUCCGGAGCAUCAGGUGAGAGUUGGGGGGGGGGGGGGUAGCUGAACUAUGGAACUCAGUGCCACAAGAUAUGGUGAUAAAUUGGAUGGCUUUAAAGUGGGAUUAGGCAAAUCCACAGAGGAGAAGGCUUACUUACAGUGGCUGUUAGGGGUGGAAAGAUCUCUCUGUUUCUCAUUUUAAUCCAAUCUUAAAUUUAGUUCCCCACCUUUCUGAAGCAAUUGGUGGAUUUCCUUUUAAUAGCUGCUCACAAGCAUCCUUCAACAUUUUUGUGCAAAUUGCUCCUAAUAAGCACCACUUCAUAUGCAUUGUUGACCUGUUUUUUAAAUGUUACUUUCACUAACAUGUUAGGUUUUUAUGCACACUUUCACCUAAUACAAUCACUUUUGUGAUCUUUGGAUGGCUGGAGAAUUGCAUCACAAAAUCUGGAUGAAUUUUGAAAGUAUGAAUUUUGAAGAACCGUUGUGUUUCAAUUGUCAUAUUGUUUUGGAAGGUCCAAAUUUGAUAAACCUCUGCUUCCAAUGUGAAAUGAAUUUAAUUUCUGCUAGUCAUGAUGGCUAAAGCCACUGGGAAAGGGCAGCUGCCUGUAUGUCCUGCUUGUGAGCUUCUCAGAUGGGGAGAUACGCCUUUGGUUUGACCCAGCAGGGCUCAUCUUCUUAUUGCUGUGUUGUUCUUGUUGACACAUGCACCUACACUUCUCAGCUGACGUGUCGCUGCCCUUGCCCUCCUGUGGCGCAGUGGGUCAGUGCGUCUGUCUGCUAACCAGAAGGUUGGUGGUUUGAGCCCACCAGGGACGGCUGUGGGCAGGAUUCCUGCAUUACCCCCGGGGGUUGGACUAGAUGACCCUCGGGGCCUCUUCCUAUCUGAUUCUUUUUGGUGCCUGCUUGAAAACAUUCUUGUUUAGACAAGCCAACCCAAAUGCUUAGAAAAUUGAGGGAAUUUUAAUCUGUUUCAGUAUUUUAACUUUUGUAUGUUUUAAAGUAGGGUUGUGAAUUUUUCUCGAUUGUACUGUAUUGCUCUUAAUCUUUUUGUAAACCGCUUUGAGGUUGUUGGUUAAUAAUAAUAAUAAUAAUAAUAAUAAUAAUAGCAACAUAGUGAUAAUAAUAAUUAUAGUAAUAAUAAUAAAUAAUGAUAAUAGUAAAUUUUAUUUAGACCCGCCCUCCCCAGCCAAGACCUGGCUCAGGGCAGCUAACACCAGAUAUAAAACAAUUAAUUAAGAUACGACUUAAAAACAAGAUUAAAAUACAACAUUAAAAUUCAGCCUCAUUUCAAUAGAAACUCAAAUCAAAAACUUUUGGGGGAUGAAAACGUCAAAUCUUCAUCAAGGCCAACUAUCCAGACUGGUCCUACAUGGGCCAGAAAAAAGCCAGGGAAGUCCCCAAAUAGGAGUUCCAUCACAGAAGGAGAAAGGAAAAAGGAAAGGGGGAGGGGAUCAAGUAGAUUCCAAGCCAAAGGCCAGGCGGGACAAUCAAACAUUAUUUUAUUAAAUAAACAAACAAACGGUGAGCUAUGUGGUCUAGUGGAAUGCCAGGGGAGAGUUGUUGCUUUAAUUGUUACACAACAUUUUAAUUUUUCUUUAAACUAUACAGCAAUUUCAAAAGUCAGUGGGUUCAGGAAACUUGGGCUCAUGUCCCAACUCUGCCAUAGCAGGACUUCCUUUGUGACUUGUCCGAGGCUGCCAUGUUCCGGCCUCAUUUGGCCCUUUCCGCUCCCACAGGAGAAAUACUGAUCUGUCUCACAGGACUCUUGUGAUGGUGAGUGAUGUCAGGAGAGGCCCUUAGGGGAUAAGGUUACAGUAUAAACCGGUAAGAUGAAGCCACGACGUUUGUUCAGUGAAGAGAACCUGCUCCAUGUUUUCUUUUGGUGCCAGAACACUUUAAAUGCCCGGAGCCGGACCAUUUCUGAGAGUUCCACAAUAUCCAUGGUCGAGGAUUCCCACAGCUCCCAGAAGCAUCAGGGGAGGAAGCCACAUCAGAGAAGCUAACACAGGAUGAAACGGAACAAAAAGAAGCAAAGGUGAGGCAUCUGACUGAGAAGGGCACCUGCGAUGUCUGAAAAAUAUGCCCAGGCCCACAGGAUUUCAUUUCUGCUUUGCAGCAGAUUAGGAAGGACAGAAUCACGUCCUCUUGGAUUUAGAGCCACGAUCAAGGUCUAAUUCACCUUUCAGGUGGCUGGGAGUAUUGCAAUUAAUUCAUUCAUAUAGAACUUCACACAGCCUUUAAGUACAGCCCAGUUCUAUACAUGUUUCCUCAGAAGUGACUCUCGCUGUGUUUAGCUUGUGGCCAGGUAAGUGUGCAUAGGGUUUGUAGUCUUAAUGUAUGGGGUUCUUUGUCUUGAACAUACCAGUAGCAGACGGUGUGGUGGGGUGUGGGGCAGAAGGACUUACCUGACCUCCCGGCAGCUGAGUCACUGCCGCUUACUGGAGUGGGAGGAGAGAUGGUGGGGAGGACAGGGCAGUGUGAAUGCGCUGGCAGGAACGCCAGAGUGGCUCAGUAGGGCAUUUUCACUGAGCUGAUCUCAUUCCGCCUGGUUGUGAUGGACUCAGGCUCGGACUCGGAACCGGAGGAGUCUCAGUCUGCACCGGAUCCUCUGCCUCAGGCGGCAUCUGAACCAAGUCUGGGGCCUGAAGAGUCCCAGUCUGCACAGGUUCCCCUGCAACAAGUGCCAGCUGGGCCGAGUCAGGGGCCUGAGCCUGCCCUGGCUCCAGAUGGGGGGAUGACCUUGUUGCCUUCAGCUGGGCCAUCACUUACAGCUGCUCCACUACCAGUUGGGUCAGGGGAGGCUGAGGCGGCCUCUGGGUCUAGUAACCCACCGACGUCUCCCAAGCUGCAGAGACUAAGGUCUGAGAGAAGGAGAGACCUGAGUACUCGCAGGAGGAGUGCUCACCUUCAGGUGAGACAGGGAGGUGAGUCACUGGGGGAUCAGGACCGGCCGUUACCCUGACAAAGAUAAAUGGCUGUCAGGCCCGACCCCAGGUUGCGGGAGCAACAUUGCUGCUUGCUGGAACUUGCCUGAGACCCUGUGCCCGACCUAGCCUGGUUUCCUGCCUUGAGACUUGCCUUGGCCAUGUUGGACUGACUCCUCACGGAAUCCUUGGAUUCGGGACCGGACCUGGACCGCGUUGCUCGGGUUAACCCCUGGGCCCAGCACACUGGUAAACAGCUGUGACUCACCAGCUGGGAGGUCAGGGAAGUGCCUCUGCCUCUCAACACUGUCUCCUGCUGCACAAUAUGGUGAUACCUGCUAGCUUAAAGGUAAAGGUACCCCUGACCGUUAGGUCCAGUUGUGGAUGACUCUGGGGUUGCGCGCUCAUCCCGCUCUAUAGGCCGAGGGAGCCUGCGUACAGUUUCUGGGUCAUGUGGCCGGCAUGACUAAGCCGCUUCCGAACAGCGCACGGAAACGCCGUUUACCUCCCGCUGGAGUGGUACCUAUUUAUCUACUUGCACUUUGACUUGCUUUCGAACUGCUAGGUUGGCAGGAGCUGGGACUGAGCAACGGGAGCUCACCCCGUUGUGGGGAUUUGAACCGCCGACCUUCUGAUCGGCAAGCCCUAGGCUCUGUGGUUUAACCCACAGCGCCACCCACGUCCCUUACCUGCUAGCUUAGAUGGUUUUAAAAGAAGAAUUCGGCAGCCAUUGUCAGGAUGAGGCAACGAGAUUCUAUUAGCCAUGGUAGCUAAAUGGAAUCUCCAUGUUGAGAGGCAGCAUGAAUGGCAGAUAGCAGGGCAACAGCUGAAGGCUGCAGAACUUCGCGCCCUGCUUGGAGGCUUCUCGGAGGAAGCACCCAAAUGGCAUCUGUUGGAAGCUGAGUAGUGGGCAAGAUGAACCGUGGUCUGAUCCAGUAAGGCACUGCUUAUAUUCCUGUGUCACCAACAGGUGCGAUUGGGGUUUCCUUCAUCUGCUUGAUAUUCUCUCGCAAAGUCUAAGGGUAUUUUCACAGACUUGUGCUUUUAUAAUUGGAACAUAAAAUCUAUGGCUAGAACUUCACAAUCAUUUGUCUUCCACAUUCUGUCCUGUAUUACCGGUAGGUGUGUGUGUGUGUGUGUGUGUGUGUUUGUGUGUGAGAGAAGGGAGGGAGAGGGAGAACACGUCUCACAUGUUCUUCUUGGUGUCAUAUGUGAAACUGAGUUAAGAAUCUGGGACAUUUCUUGUGUUCAGGCAGAGCAAAACAAGAAAUUAUUUAUUUAUUUGUAAAAGUAUGUGUGCCUUGCAAAACAUCAGGGUUUGCAGUACAAACAAAUGACUGUCUACAUGGGUUUUUGGUGCCUCUCUGUGCUCCUCUGGUGCUUAUUAGCUCUCUUGAAGGAAGAAAAAGCUACCAGCUCUCUCACUCCAGAUUUUGGGCAGGGUUCACCUUCCAAACUCUGCCAGCGGAAGUCUUGUACAAGAGCUUCUGCUUGUGCAACAGGGCUCCCCCCCACAUUCUCCUCCACCCCUUUGAAAUUGCCUCUGAAGGGACCUGGAGAACCUGCAGAGCAGAGCUCAGGGAAAGGGGGUGGGUUGUUCUGUCUGGCAAGCUGAUAUACAGAUGCAACAUUUGCAAUAGCACAGUGUUGAACCCACCCUUUCUAUUUUUCCAGGCCUCUGGGUCUGGCUGGUUCCGUUGGUUCCGAUCGAAACCCUCUAAAGAAGCUGAACCCUCCAAAAAGGUACCAUCUGCUGCUGCUCCAGAUUCUCAGGUAAUGCAGGAUCUCUUUAAGAGGAAUUUUCUGCUUGCUGCAGAAUUCAAAGUCUUGGUGCUGACCUUUAAAGCCCUAAACGGCCUUGGUCCUGUAUCCUUGAAGGAGUGUCUCCACCCCCAUUGUUCUGCCCGGACACUGAGGUCCAGCGCCGAGGGCCUUCUGGUGGUUCCCUCACUGCGAGAAGUGAGGUUACAGGGAACCAGGCAGAGGGCCUUCUCAGUAGUGGCACCUGCCCUGUGGAACGCCCUCCCACCAGAUGUCAAAGAGAAAAACAACUACCAGACUUUUAGAAGACAUCUGAGGGCAGCCCUGUUUAGGGAAGCUUUUAAUGUUUAAUAGACUAUUGUAUUUUAAUAUUCUGUUGGAAGCCGCCCAGAGUGGCUGGGGAAACCCAGCCAGAUGGGUGGGGUAUAAAUAAUAAAUUAUUAUUAUUAUUAUUUUAUUAUCAGAAGAACCCCACACCCAAAGUUCCUCAGCAUUUCCUAACAACUACCAUUGUGGUCUCCACACUGAUAAACAUCCAUGGGGCCUCAGGGUUCUCUGGUGCACAGCCUGAAAAUGGCUGCCACAGAUCCACGCAAGGAGUGUAGUUCAUAAACGCCUGUUGUGUGUUGGUGUCAUGAGACAUUGGUGGACUUAAAAUUGUAGUAUCAGAAAUGAAGUGGAAAGGAAAGAAGGGUGGAGGAAGAAAUUUUGCGUAGAUUUUGUCUGUUCGAUAAUUCACAUCGCAUUUAGAAUUCUUUGGCAAGGACUGAAAUAAUAAUAAUAAUAAUAAUAAUAAUAAUAAUAAUAAUAAAUUUAUUAUUUGUAUCCUGCCCAUCUGGCUGGGUUUCCUCAGCCACUCUGGGCGGCUUCCAACAAAGACCAAAAAUACACUAAAAUAUCACACAUUAAAAACAUCCCUGAUGUCUUCUGAAUGUCAGGUAGUUGUUUUUCUCUUUGACAUCUGAUGGGAAGGCGUUCCACAGGGCGGGCGCCACUACCGAGAAGGCCCUCUGCCUGGUUCCCUGUAGCUUUGCUUCUCGCAAUGAGGGAACUGCCAGAAGGCCCUCGGCGCUGGACCUCAGCAUCCGGGCAGAACAACGGGGGUGGAGACGCUCCUUCAGGUAUACUGGGCCGAGGCCGUUUAGGGCUUUAAAGGUCAGCACCAACACUUUGAAUUGUGCUCGGAAACGUACAGACAACAACAGACCUGGGCUUUAAAACUAACAAAAUGAAUUUCAUUAGAGACAAAUGUAAGGUUUUGCACUUAGUAAGGAAGAACCAGCUGCACAAAUAUAGAAUAGGAGACACCUGGCUUACUAGCAGUACAUGUGGAAAAGAUCUUGGGGUCUUGGUGGACCACAAGCUUAACAUGAGUCAACAGUGUGAUGCAGCAGCAAAAAAAGCUAAUGCUAUUCUAGGCUGCCUCAACAGAAGUAUAGUGAAGUAAUAGUACUACUCUAUUCUGCCUUGGUCAGACCAUAGCUGGAAUAAUGUAUCCAGUUCUGAGCACCACAAUUUAAGAAGGAUGUUGACAAGCUGGAGAGUGUCUAGAGGAGAGCAUCCAAGAUGAUCAGGGGUCUGGAAACCAAGCCUUAUGAGGAACGAUGGAAGGAGCUGGAUAUGUUUAGCCUGGAAAGAGGAGUGUGAGAGAAGAUAUGACAGCCAUCUUCAAAUAUCUCAAGGGCUGUCGCAUGGAGGAUGGAGCAGGCUUGUUUUCACCUGCUCUGGAGGGCAGGACUCGAACCAAUGGCUUCAAGUUGCAAGAAAGGAAAUUCCGGCUAAAGAUCAGGAAGAACUUUCUGACAGCAAGGGCUGUUUGCCAGUGGAACAGUCUCCCUCAGGAAGUGGUGGGCUCUCCUUCCUUGGAGGCGAUUUAGCAGAGGUUGGAUGGCCGUCUGUCAUGGAUGCUUUAGCUGAGAUUCCUGCAUUGCAGGGGGUUGGGCUAGAUGACCUUUGGGAUCCCUCCCAACUCUACAAUUCUAUGAUUCUAUGACAGAGAAUAGAGGAGGAGGAAGGGGCACAGUUCAGGAAUGCCAGAGGAGGAGUGAACAGGAGCGAUGGAAAAGGAUUAGGGAAUUGUCCAAGUUACUGAAGUUCAUCUGCUGGAACUCUGACUUCUCAGUUUUAUUAGUCCAGGGUUUCCCAAACUGUGGAUUUGUGGUUGUAGACGGGAAAUGGCGCGUCCAUAUGUUAAAUAUUCACAUUGAUUUCCAAUUGUACUUUUUUUUAACCGCUUCUUGUAUUUCCUCCGUUGUGUUUUAUCGUAUUACAAUUUGAAUUCUGUGGGAUUCAAAUUGUAGUAGAGCAAAAUACAAUAUAUGAAAUAAAAGAGGCAAUUAAAAAUCAUAUAGCAUUAUCACAGUGCAUUACAAUUGCUACAACAGGCUGAAUAAUCCUUUACUGGCCUGCCAAUAACUUCAGCGACAUCCAAGAGUUCGGGCGGGGGGGGGGGGGCGAACCACUUUAUAGGACCUUGCUUCAUAUUUCCAGGGUUGUCUCCUCUGAAAGAUGCCUCCUCAAAUCCUGUAUUCUGUUCCCAAUUCCCCGUGUCAUUAUGGUGAGCCUGCAGCCAUGUGGCUUGUCAUAGGUUUUCGCGAUGGUGGUCAAAAAAUAAUGACCAGCUCCCCUGAUAGCAAGCUCAGUUGGUGAGUGCUAACAGGGUUGCAGGCAAAUGAAGAAACCAGAGGGAGGUAUCAGCAUGUACUACAAGGUUUGUGAAAGUACAAAACAAAACAAGUUAGGGAAACCACAGUCCCCCAAGUCAAGUGCAGGAUCUAGUACUGAGUGAUCAAUUUAAAAAAUACAUUAAAAAAGAAGUGGUGGGGGAAUCUGUUGGGAUCCUAACAAAGGUAAAGGUAAAGGGACCCCUGACUAUUAGGUCCAGUCGUGGCCGACUCUGGGGUUGCAGCGCUCAUCUCGCUUUACUGGCCGAGGGAGCCGGCGUACAGCUUCCAGGUCAUGUGGCCAGCAUGACUAACCCACUUGUGGUGAACCAGAGCAGCGCAUGGAAACGCCGUUUACCUUCCCGCUGGAGUGGUACCUAUUUAUCUGCUUGCACUUUGACGUGCUUUCGAACGGCUAGGUUGGCAGGAGUAGGGACCGAGCAACGGGAACUCACCCCGUUGCAGGGAUUCGAACCGCCGACCUUCUGAUCGGCAAGCCCUAGGCUCUGUGGUUUAGCCCCCAGCGCCACCUGUGUUCCUCAUAACAAAGGUAGAUUGAGGGUAAAUUCUACCUGGCUUCAUCACUGAUAUAUUAUUUCCGUUCUGCAGCAGCAGGUGACUUCACAACCAUCCCUUCCUCCUGUGGAGGAGACAAGGCCUGCAUUAGUUCCUCCUCCAGCUGCUCCUCACCUGCCGCCCACAGGUGGCAGCCCUCUCCCAAAAAGCUCUCUUCGUAAGUAUCUUCCUGUGUGCGUUGCGGAAUGUGUUCCUGACAGGUGGUAAUAAAGGCUGUUUGUGUACGAACCUUGCUGUGGCCCAUAGGACCUCGCAAAUAACUCUGGAGGGAUCCCCCAGUCUUUUGUAGAAGCUUUUGUGGGGAGUGGUAAGGCCCCCUUGUACAAACUGAAAUAAUCUCAUUGCACUUUUUUCGUCACAGGGGCCAAAACUCCACUGGGCCAUAGCAGCAGGGAAGGCUCCAUGUUUCCAGAUGCCGGAGGCCAGGUGAGAGAAAUGUGGGGGCGGGAAUAACAUGUUCCUUGUGAGGAGAUGCCUCAACUUUGGAAAACUGCUCCUCUGAAUCCCUGUUGACAGAAGUGCAAAUUCAGCUGCCUUGAGAUCAUUUCUCCCAAUAUAGUAAAGGUAAAGGGACCGCACACCAUUAAGUCCAGUUGCAGACAACUCUGGGGUUGCGGCGCUCAUUUCGCUUUAUUGGCCGAGGGAGCCAGCGUACAGCUUCUGGGUCAUGUGGCCAGCAUGACUAAGCCGCUUCUGGCAAACCAGAGCAGCACACGGAAACAACCUUUACUUUCCCGCCGGAGUGGUACCUAUUUAUCAGCUUGCACUGGUGUGCUUUUGAACUGCUAGGUUGGCAGGAGCUGGGACAGAGCAACAGGAGCUCACCCUGUCGCGGGGAUUCAAACCGCCGACCUUCUGAUCGGCAAAUCCUAGACUCUGUGGUUUAAUCCACAGCACCACCCACUUAUCUCCCAAUAUAAUGUCCUGCAUUUCUGGUGGUUCUGCUGCCCCCUUCCUCCUUUGCCCGCCCCCCAGCAACGGAUCCUAGCAUCUUCGCUGGGUUUCACGCCUUGGCUCUUCUGCUUCAUGUUUCAGGCUACUUUCUCCAUCCCUGAUCAUGUGCCUCCACCCCCAAGAGGAGGGGCAGUUCCACUUUACCGUCCUGCUCAGGUAUGGUUUCUGCGCAUGUGCAUUCCCGCAAUGUUGUAAAGAAAUAAACUCUAGUAAUGAUGGUAACAACCGCAGCAGCAAUGUAAGAAUUGUUUUCUUGGGUGAGGCCAGGUAUCCCUCCUUGUUCAGCCUUCUGCAAAGGGUAGACCAUGGGUAGGCAAACUAAGGCCCGGGGGCCGGAUCUGGCCCAAUCGCCUUCUAAAUCCGGCCCGUGGACGGUGCAGGAAUCAGCGUGUUUACAUGAUUAGAAUGUGUCCUUUUAUUUAAAAUGCAUCUCUGGGUUAUUUGUGGGGCCUGCCUGGUGUUUUUACAUGAGUAGAAUGUGCCCUUUUAUUUAGAACGCAUCUCUGGGUUAUUUGUGGGGCAUAGGAAUUCAUUCAUUUUUAUGUUUUUUUUUCAAAAUAUAGUCUGGCCCCCCACAAAGUCUGAGGGACAGUGGACCGGCCCCCUGCUGAAAAAGUUUGCUGACCCCUGUUUGGGCUAUCAAGUUCCUUGAGAGCCUGACUCAUAGGGGUGAUAAGGCAUUCAGUCCAACAACAACUGGAGUAGCCAAGUUGGGGAAGUGUGUUCAAGUCCAGCUAUCUUGUUCAAGCGGCAGCCUGUUGUUAGCGCAUGGGGCGGGGGUUGCCUUUCCUGCUCUUUCUCACUGGAGCUAUACUGCUUAUGCACGUGUAGGUUACACUUGGAUAAGAACCAUGAUACCUCUCCAUUGUAGGUUUUUGGGUUUCAUGGACAGUUACCAUUUUGCAAAGGUCCUUUGUCAAAGCUCAUGAAGCACGUCUGAUGCAGGUGCUGGUUUGAGUGUAGAGCUGUGCUGAAGGCUGGCCCUGCCAUCAUGUAGAGGGAGAGCUAAGACUAUUUGAGAGGGUGCGCGUCUAAAAUUCUGUUCAGCAUCUCAAAAUCCAUGACUAUAAAAUGCAUGAAAAUGGAGGCUUUGUAUCCAAAUGGGUUGCAUGUGCAAAUGUUUAUUUAAUUAAUUCCAUGUGCUUCUGGGCUGCAUCAUUUUUGAAGGGUUUGCGAUAGAAAUUCAGCUUAAUUCUUUCUUUAACAGGUUACCACGCCAGCAGCCUCAGGCACCGGCCCAAGGAUUUUUCAGCGACGCUACCCACCUCAUCCACAAUAA